AUGGAUCCUAAUGCGGGGAAUUCUGCCUCUGCUGCUACUCCCAAAAGCAAGAAGGACAAGAAAGAAAAGAAAAGUAAUGAAGAUGGAGACGGGAAAAAGAAAUUUGUACGUAUUCAUUUAAUAUUUCACUGCUUGUGAGUUAGCUAGCUAACGCACUCCUGUUCAAUGUUACUUUAGAGCUCUGAUGACAACAUGCUGAACAAGUGUGGACGCAUCAACAGCUACUUUUUGGUAGAACAAGUGGCUUGUCAUUAUAUCACUUGUAUCUCUGCCUACCAAACCUGCUUGUGAUUAUAUUUAAUUUGCAGCCAGUUAUAUUAUAAUAUUAUUCAGCGUGUUUUCCCACCACUCUGAAAUCUGCAAGGCUAAUGUCAAACCUUGGUUCGUGAACCAAUGAGGAAGUAGGUAGCUAUCCACCUUCUCAAACUCUGAAGCGUUGCAAUGAGUGACAUUGUAGCAAACGGCGUGACUCGCGGUUUGGAAACUGUAACCCGGUAGCAAGUUCGUGUUUGUUUUGGAGAUGAAACGGUUAGGGUUUUUCACAGGUUACUGUCUCCGGAUUGAACCGGGGUAUAGUACAGUACAUCAUAUGGAAUACAUGUUAUUCUCUGUUCUGCACUUUCACACGCAGGCAAGGAAUUUGCAUGGUCUCCCUUGCGGGAUAAUAUUCUGAAAUGUCAUUUACACGUCACAAUAACAUAAACGAUUUUGAAUGAGAAAUAUAUUUAAAUCAUCAACAGAAAGAAUAUGUUACUUUGUAUGGUAGAGUUAAACACUGACAUGCGGUACAUCGCGCUGGCUGUAGUAACCUGAUGGAGGGGAUAUAGUAACAUCAUAGCCAGUGAGAGUACCCAUGGUAAGAAUGGGUAAUUCAAUGUGAUGAAUGAUAUCAGCAAAAUGUCCGCGAUAAGUGGUCGGUGUCGAUCAUUUUCGGUUGUUCGCCUCAGCUCUAACACAGAGGUCAUUAGAUCAACCCUGCCUGGACACACCUCAAGCAGAAAUAACCCUUCCCAGCAUGCAACACUGCCCCCACCUGAUGCCCAUCCCACUAGACAGAGGCCACAGAUUGGCUGAUGAUGAACCCUCUGACAGUAGUUCUACACACAGUGAGAGUUUUGUAACACUGUAACACAACCCUUGACCUCUGCCUGUUGAGUUGUUCAGUCUCUCAUUAGCUGUGCGGGGGAAAGUAGGAUACCUAGUCAGAUGCACAACUGAAUGCAUUCAACUGAAAUGUCUUCCAUGUUUAACUCAACCACUCUGAAUCAGAGAGGUGCGGGGGCUGCCUUAAUCGACAUCCAUGUCAUCGGCACCCAGGGAGCAGUUAUUGUUGGGGGUUAACUGCCUUGCUCAAAGAACGGCAGAUUUGUCCACCUUGCCUGCUCGGGGAUUCAAACCAGCGACCUUUCAGUUAGUGGCCCAAUGCUCUUAACCACUAGGCUUCCUGCCGAUGAGUGCACCUGGCGGGGCAGCCCCUCUCUCUGGAUAAGAGCAUAUUAUAGCUCAGAGAAUGAGAGCUCAUGUGAAACUGGAGUGGUAAAUGCACCUGGAGGAGCCUCUUGGAUCUGAAGGAGGGAGGGGGAAAUGGGGGGAGAGUCGUAGGGAGAAUCGGGGAGAGGUAGGGGGUUGCAGGGGGAUGGAUAUUAUUAGUAGAGAUUCCACAGUGGAUUAAGAAAAAGAGCGGUGUUGUCGUUAGAGAUGACAUGGCUUUGAGCUUGAGUCAGAUAUAUGCAUGUAGAACAGAAAAACAGCAUGCAGGGCUGCCUUUUACAGUCUUUUAUGUCAAACAAUAAACAUCAAAAUAUAUAUCUGAACUUGGGGGGCCAAAUACACGGCCGCCAGUUGGGGAACCCUGAUAUAGGCUUUGACUGUGGUGCCUAGUAAACCCUACAGGUGCAGAGUAUGUAGCCUAAAGAGCGUGAGCUCGGUCUGUCCUAACUGGAUAAGUGACUUGUGUAAUAAAAGUCUGCUAUGUCAGGGCAAGCAGGCAGAGGAAUGCAUUCGCUCACUGCAGGAAUCUAAUCUUCUACAUACUUACAUUUUUCCUCUCCUCUCCUUGACUGUUUCUUUUUCUGUUUUCUCUCAUUUCAUCACAUUCACAUGCUUUCUGUUGUGUUCGGUCUCUGUUUUAUCUCAUGAUCAUCUGGAAGGAUGGAGCUUUGUUAGGCAUGGAUCAUGAGUUCUUAUCUUAUCAUUGAUCCAUUGUUCUAUGCUACUGACGUAGCCCACUAGGUGAUGAUCGGUAUUGUAGGCCCAUGUGUUGAGUCAUUGAAAUGGGUGUGGAUUGGGUGGGUGUUCUGUGAUAUUUGUCCCAGUGUCAGUCAGGCUGGACACAGCUAGUCAACUCACUGAGGAGAAAGUAACAGAGGUGAUAAACCGUGUCAAAUCAAAUUUAAUUUGUCACAUACACGUGUGUAUGCAGAUGUUAUUGCGGGUGUAGCGAAAUGCUUGUGCUUCUAGCUCCGACAGUGCAGUAAUAUCUAACAAGUAAUAUCUAACAAUUUCACAACAUAUACCCAAUACACACAAAUCUAAGUAAGGAAUGGAAUUAAGAAUAUAUACAUAGAUGGACGAGCAAUGACAGAGCGGCAUAGACUAAGAUACAGUAGAAUAUUAUAGAAUAGAAUACAGUAUAUACAUAUGAGAUGAGUAGUGCAAGAUAUGUAAACAUUAUUAAAGUGACUAGUGUUCAAUUUCUUAAAGUGGUCAGUGAUUUAUAUAGGCGGCAGCAGCCUCUAAUGUGCUAGUGAUGACUAUUUAACAGUCUGAUGGCCUUGAGAUAUAAGCUGUUUUUCAGUCUCUCGGUCCCAGCUUUGAUGCACCUGUACUGACCUCACCUUCUGGAUGAUAGCGGGGUGAACAGGCAGUGGCUCGGGUGGUUGAUGUCCUUGAUGAUCUUUUUGGCCUUCCUGUGACCGGGUGCUGUAGGUGUCCUGGAGGGCGGGUAGUUUGCCCCCAGUAAUCCGUUCAGCAGACCGCACCACCCUCUGGAGAGCCCUGCGGUUGCAGGCGGUGCAGUUGCCGUACCAGGCGGUGAUACAGCCCGACAGGAUGCUCUCAAUGGUGCAUCUGUAAAAGUUUGAGGGUUUUAGGUGCCAAGCCAAAUUUCUUCAGCCUCCUGAGGUUGAAGAGGCUCUGUUGCGCCUUCACCACACUGUCUGCGUGGGUGGGCCAUUUCAGUUUGUCAGUGAUGGCCAAGUCCACGAUCAUCUCCUUUGUUUUGUUGAUCUUGAGUGAGAGGUUAUCUUCCUGGCACCACACUCCCAGAGCCCUCACCUCCUCCCUGUAGGCUAUCUCAUCAUUGUUGGUAAUCAAGCCUACUACUGUUGUGUCGUCUGCAAACUUGAUGAUUGAGUUGCUUGGUCACACAGUCAUUUGACAGCCUCUGCUCUUCAAACAUGCUGGCUAAAGAGCUGUGUCAAGAACCAUGUCGGUGUAUAUCUCUGUGUGUUGGUGUGCAUUCUGCAUUAUAAUUGUGUGUGUGUGUGCACCUGCCUGCUUAUGUGUGUGUGUGAGGGCGGCGAAGAACAGAGAACACCUCAUUCUGUGCUACUUAGCUAACUUCUUUAGUAAAUCCCUCUUUCUUCCCUUUUUAGGACGUUAAACAAGUGCCUGUCUGUGUGCAUGUACCCCACUGCCUUGGUUUAUUGAAUGUUCCAGUCUGUCUGCAUGUACCCCACUGCCUUGGUUUAUUGAAUGUUCCAGUCUGUCUGCAUGUACCCCACUGCCUUGGUUUAUUGAAUGUUCCAGUCUGUCUGCAUGUACCCCACUGCCUUGGUUUAUUGAAUGUUCCAGUCUGUCUGCAUGUACCCCACUGCCUUGGUUUAUUGAAUGUUCCAGUCUGUCUGCAUGUACCCCACUGCCUUGGUUUAUUGAAUGUUCCACACUUAACUGCACUGAUUUAGGUUCCACCUGUCUUUGAUGGUGAAUGCUUUUUCUGUUGGAGUCAGUUGAGUUGAGUGAACGAACACCCAUUAUAUAGUGGGGAGAACAAGUAUUUGAUACACUGACGAUUUUGCAGGUUUUCCUACUUACAAAGCAUGUAGAGGUCUGUAAUUUUUAUCAUAUGUACACUUCAACUGUGAGAGACAGAAUCUAAAACAAAAAUCCAGAAAAUCACAUUGUAUGAUUUUUAAGUAAUUAAUUUGCAUUUUAUUGCAUGACAUAAUUAUUUGAUCACCUACCAACCAGUAAGAAUUCCUGCUCUCACAGACCUGUUCGUUUUUCUUUAGGAAGCCCUCCUGUUCUCCACUCAUUACUUGUAUUAACUGCACCUGUUUGAACUCGUUACCUGUAUAAAAGACACCUGUCCACACACUCAAUCAAACAGACUCCAACCUCUCCACAAUGGCCAAGACCAGAGAGCUGUGUAAGGACAUCAGGGAUACAAUUGUAGACCUGCACAAGGCUGGGAUGGGCUACAGGACAAUAGGCAAGCAGCUUGGUGAGAAGGCAACAACUGUUGGCGAAAUUAUUAGAAAAUUGGAAGAAGUUCAAGAUGACGGUCAAUCACCCUCGGUCUGGGGCUCCAUGCAAGAUCUCACCUCGUGGGGCAUCAAUGAUCAUGAGGAAGGUGAGGGAUCAUCCCAGAACUACACGGCAGGACCUGGUCAAUGACCUGAAGAGAGCUGGGACCACAGUCUCAAAGAAAACCAUUAGUAACACACUACGCCGUCAUGGAUUAAAAUCCUGCAGCGCACGCAAGGUCCCCCUGCUCAAGCCAGCGCAUGUCCAGGCCCGUCUGAAGUUUGCCAAUGACCAUCUGGAUGAUCCAGAGGAGAAUGAGAGUAGGUCAUGUGGUCUGAUGAGACAAAAAUAUAGUUUUUUGGUCUAAACUCCACUCGCCGUGUUUGGAGGAAGAAGAAGGAUGAGUACAACCCCAAGAACACCAUCCCAACCGUGAAGCAUGGAGGUGGAAACAUCAUUCUUUGGGGAUGCUUUUCUGCAAAGGGGACAGGACGACCGCACCGUAUUGAGGGGAGGAUGGAUGGGGCCAUGUAUCGCGAGAUCUUGAAGAUGGGUCGUGGCUGGGUCUUCCAGCAUGACAAUGACCCGAAACACACAGCCAGGGCAACUAAGGAGUGGCUCCGUAAGAAGCAUCUCAAGGUCCUGGAGUGGCCUAGCCAGUCUCCAGACCUGAACCCAAUAGAACAUCUUUGGAGGGAGCUGAAAGUCCGUAUUGCCCAGCAACAGCCCCGAAACCUGAAGGAUCUGGAGAAGGUCUGUCUGGAGGAGUGGGCCAAAAUCCCUGCUGCAGUGUGUGCAAACCUGGUCAAGAUCUACAGGAAACGUAUUAUCUCUGUAAUUGCAAACAAAGGUUUCUGUACCAAAUAUUAAGUUCUGCUUUUCUGAUGUAUGAAAUACUUAUGUCAUGCAAUAAAAUGCAAAUUAAUUACUUAAAAAUCAUACAAUGUGAUUUUCUGGAUUUUUGUUUUAGUGUACCUAUGAUAAAAAUUACAGACCUCUACAUGCUUUGAAAGUAGGAAAAUCGGCAGUGUAUCAUACUUGUUCUCCCCACUGUAUAUGUUUUGUUCUGUCCAUCUCACCUCUGUUUUAUCACUGAUAAAUGCUUGCUUUUGACACAUUCUAUGAACUCAUGCUGCUUUCCAUCCUCGCCAAGCCACAGUGCUCGCAGUCCCAUUAGUAGGGGCAAAGCGAUGUUUAAUCUAAAUAUUGUAUUAAUGUGGUCUGGAGGUGUUUGAACUCUAAUAUUAAACUUUCAGUCUCUGGUGUGUUUGUCUCUGGGCUGUUCUGUGACAACAUGGGCUAACCUUUUAAACUCUUCAGUUGUAUUGAAAGAAUGGGAGUCAUUUCUGCUUUUCUUUGUCAAACACAUCCUUUUUCUUGGACGCGGGCGUUUCUUGUUUAAAUGUUUAUUUUCAUUUAUGAAAACAGUUAGGCUGCAGUACAAAUCCAGCUAUUACCUCAUUUUACUAUCUCAAUGUUCCUUUACUAUGUUGCAAGACUUUAGAAAGCCAGUUUGAGUUAGUAACUGUGCAUGUACAUAUCUGCUUGUUAUUCGCUAAACAAAGACACAAACCUUCUGACUCUUCAGUCUAUAGUGUUGCAGGAAGUUGUGCAAAAAUUAGAAACAGGAAGUUUCCUUUUUUUUCCCCAUUACCCAUUCUGUCACUACACUACCCCUCCUCUCCAUCCAUUGUGGCAGGACCCAGAGGCACCAGCGUGGGUAGUAAAUACAGUUACACAACUCAACUCACUGUUGAUAUUUUUGAACAUACUCUUAAUCUGAGAAGGAGUACUAGGCUACCUCGUGUCUGAGAAGGAGUACUAGGCUACCUCAUGUCUGAGAAGGAGUACUAGGCUACCUCAUGUCUGAGAAGGAGUACUAGGUUACCUCAUGUCUGAGAAGGAGUACUAGGCUACCUCGUGUCUGAGAAGGAGUACUAGGCUACCUCGUGUCUGAGAAGGAGUACUGGUCUACCUCAUAUCUGAGAAGGAGUACUGGUCUACCUCAUGUCUGAGAAGGAGUACUGGUCUACCUCAUGUCUGAGAAGGAGUACUAGGCUACCUCAUGUCGUAAGCAUGCAAGGCUUUACUCCCAUCAGUGAGAGCCAAUGGACAGAAAGACAAGCAGUAAACACACAGAGAGCGAUGAACCAGGGGAUGGCAUAACUCAACUGAAACCCUGUUAACCUGCAUUGUUUAGCCUACCACACACACACACACACACACCCUUCUAGUAUCAGUGGAUGGCAUUCCUCAGCUAACCCCUGGUCAUCCCAGGCACCUUGUUAAACUGCCAUGAUGUUUCUCUGUCACUGCGUCUGACCCAUGUGUCAGGUGAGAACCUAACCUCUGAUCCUCAUGGUCGUUGCAGGCCUGCUCAGCUACACGCCUGUUUGUUCAAGGGAUUAUUCACUGAACCCUGGCCGGCCAGCAUGCUAGUUAGUGAUGGGGGGGGAAAAUCGAUAGUUACAUAUCACAAUAUUAUAUUUGGACAAUCAUAUCGAUAUUUGACUUGUUUGCUACUGCAGUUAGCAUUAGCUAGCGCUUGUCGGCUCUACUUGCGCCAAAACUCAGGUAUUUGUCAUCCUACAGCUUGUUCUCCAUCUACUUUUUAAAUAGUGAUUCAACAUGUUUUUAGCACUUUUAUUUCCCUGACUGAUUUAAAAUGUAUUUUCUCAUCUCUCUUGUCUCUCUGCAGCAUACAUAUAGUGAGCAAUAUGUUUGGAACAUGAAAUCGCAAUAAAAUCACAGUAUCGAAUUGCAAUACAUAUAGAAUCGAGAGAAUCGCAAUACAUAUCUUAUCGGCACCUAAGUAUCGUGAUAAUAUCGUAUUGUAAGGUCCCUGGUAAUUCCCAGGCCUAAAGAUAGUACAGGGUGUCUGAGCUGUGUGUGCAGCCAUCAGGCGUGCAUAGUGCUUGGAUCUGCCAAGCAUGUCAUGCAAACGCACGCCCAGUCGACCACAUCUAGAUCCUCUGUGUGACUGAUCACUUACAGCAGUUAUCCAUUCCAGCUGGUAGUCUUUAUUUCCUGCUGUGGCUUUUCCACCUGUAGGUUCUGCAGCAGGUUACAUCACCAUAGUAACGCACACUUCCUGAUCUGAGCUGUCUAAUAGGAGAGUGCUGCACAACUUACUGCGGUGUCUCACAUCACCCAGACUGAACAUGAGGAUAUCUUAGGGUCAAGUGAACUUGAAAUUGCCCAUUAGUCUAUAAUCUUGUAAUAUUGGAUUUUAUCCCAAGAGUAUCAACUGAGUGAGACACCAAACUGGUAUCGUUAAGUCAUGGUGACAUUCUCGACUCCCCACUAGCCCUGGAGUAGGGAGUCGUUUGUGUGUGUAGCUCUGUACUGACGGCCAGGGAGGUUGAACUACGACGAUCAGCAGUGACUUACCUACCUGCAUCUAAGUGCUCACUCAGAUACUCUCAUGGACGUGCAGACAUAGACACACACACACACACUAGAGGGGGCUUUGUUCGAAGGCUUCUUGUCUAAUCCACCCCAAACCACUAAUUUCUAUGAAUAAGUGUUAUGUGAAAACAAAAAUUUUUGGGAACACAUUUUUAAUUUUGUCGUUAUAACAAGGUUGGUAGCAACAUGUGAAAAUCGUUUUGGAAAUCUGUUGCCAGCUCAAGUCGACAAAAAAACCCACAAUCCAAUGCUCUCUCUCUGGAAUGGAUAGCUGAUUAGGUGAUCUGGAGUGAAGGUAAUUGUUUUAAAAGCGUUAUGAAAUGUGAUUUAUGUGCUAUCACCAAUGACGAGAACCAUGUAGCCAAUGUUCCCUCACAUUUUUGGGGGGCCCUGAGCAAAGUUCAGGUCUGCUGAGUGCAAACUUCCAGCGUGUGUUUACUGUGAACAGGGAUGCUGUACUCACUUUAAGUUACAGUUUUAGACAGUGGUCAAGUAGGCUACUGUGGUUAUUUCAUUAUAAUGUAGGCCUACCAGAGUGGCCUACCAUCAAAAACAAUGGAGAAAAUGCAUCCCAUAACAUUUUAACUAUCGUUCAGCCUACAAAAGCAGCCAAUGUGUGGUGUUCAAUGUAGGCCUACAUUCCAUGAGACUUUUUGAAAAAAACAUGCAGGGCUUGACAUUAACCUGUUCAUCCACUUGUCCUUCAGACAAGGAGGUGACUGAAAAUGUUGUUUGAUGCAAGAAACCACUUUACAAAAUAAAAUGCAUUGUUAUUCCCAUACAAUUAUUACAGAGAAUCAGACAAAUAUGCUACCCUCUGCCUAUUGGCUACUUAGCUUAUUGAAGCCUUACUCAAAAUACAACACUGCCCCUUUAAGACAAAAAAAAGCUAUUUAUCUGACUAGCAUUUCAACGUUUUGUGCUCUUGUAGGAAGCAAUCACUCCCCCAUUGCUGACUACAAAUGAGCUGUAACUGGUAUAAUAACUCACUAACUAGCAAAGGAUAUGAACAAAUGUGCAAAAACGAAGACGGAUUCAAUACUUAGAAUUUUUAAAUGUAAAUUAUUAUAUACAAUUCUUGCAACCAAUAGGAUGUUAUUUAUAUGUGGGAUACAAUCUUCCCAGCUCUGCAGAUUUUGCUGCGAAGAGACAAAAUCAUUAGAUCAUUUGUUUUGGUACUGUCCAUUUGUAUCUUGUUUUUGGACACAGGUCCAGGAAUGGCUAAAGGAUUGCAAUAUCUACCUGGAGCUAACUCUGCAGAUAGCAUUACUGGGUGAUCUGAAAAGUCAUAGUCAAUCGAUCAAUAAUAUAAUAAUACUUUUAGCAAAAAUGUUUAUUUUCAAUUUACAAUCUAUAGAAACAAUGAGAAUAGAAAGGUUCAGAACUUUUGUAAAACAUCACAGUACAGUUGAAAAAUAUAUGGCAAAUAGAAAUCCAAUAUGGAUGGGGUUAAGAGAGAGAUGGGUGGUGUUGAAUGGAGUUGAAGGAUGGGACUAAUAACAACUAACAACAACCAAUAACAAGAGAACUAAUAAUGUAAGCAUACUGUGUCCAUGUAUGUGUGUGUAUGUAUGUGUAUGUGUAUGUACAGUGGGGGAAAAAAGUAUUUAGUCAGCCACCAAUUGUGCAAGUUCUCCCACUUAAAAAGAUGAGAGAGGCCUUUAAUUUUCAUCAUAGGUACACGUCAACUAUGACAGACAAAAUGAGAAAAAAAAAUCCAGAAAAUCACAUUGUAGGAUUUUUUAUGAUUUUAUUUGCAAAUUAUGGUGGAAAAUAAGUAUUUGGUCAAUAACAAAAGUUUCUCAAUACUUUGUUAUAUACCCUUUGUUGGCAAUGACACAGGUCAAACGUUUUCUGUAAGUCUUCACAAGGUUUUCACACACUAUUUUGGCCCAUUCCUCCAUGCAGAUCUCCUCUAGAGCAGUGAUGUUUUGGGGCUGUCGCUGGGCAACACGGCCUUUCAACUCCCUCAAAGAUUUUCUAUGGGGUUGAGAUCUGGAGACUGGCUAGGCCACUCCAGGACCUUGAAAUGCUUCUUACGAAGCCACUCCUUCGUUGCCCGGGCGGUGUGUUUGGGAUCAUUGUCAUGCUGAAAGACCCAGCCACGUUUCAUCUUCAAUGCCCUUGCUGAUGGAAGGAGGUUUUCACUCAAAAUCUCACGAUACAUGGCCCCAUUCAUUCUUUCCUUUACACGGAUCAGUCGUCCUGGUCCCUUUGCAGAAAAACAGCCCCAAAGCAUGGUGUUUACACCCCCAUGCUUCACAGUAGGUAUGGUGUUCUUUGGAUGCAACUCAGCAUUCUUUGUCCUCCAAACACGACGAGUUGAGUUUUUACCAAAAAGUUCUAUUUUGGUUUCAUCUGACCAUAUGACAUUCUCCCAAUCCUCUUCUGGAUCAUCCAAAUGCACUCUAGCAAACUUCAGACGGGCCUGGACAUGUACUGGCUUAAGCAGGGGGACACGUCUGGAACUGCAGGAUUUGAGUCCCUGGCGGCGUAGUGUGUUACUGAUGGUAGGCUUUGUUACUUUGGUCCCAGCUCUCUGCAGGUCAUUCACUAGGUCCCCCUGUGUGGUUCUGGGAUUUUUGCUCACCGUUCUUGUGAUCAUUUUGACCCCAUGGGUGAGAUCUUGCGUGGAGCCCAGAUCGAGGGAGAUUAUCAGUGGACUUUUAUGUCUUCCAUUUCCUAAUAAUUGCUCCCACAGUUGAUUUCUUCAAACCAAGCUGCUCACCUAUUGCAGAUUCAGUCUUCCCAGCCUGGUGCAGGUCUACAAUUUUGUUUCUGGUGUCCUUUGACAGCUCUUUGGUCUUGGCCAUAGUGGAGUUUGGAGUGUGACUGUUUGAGGUUGUGGACAGGUGUCUUUUAUACUGAUAACAAGUUCAAACAGGUGCUAUUAAUACAGGUAACGAGUGGAGGACAGAGGAGCCUCUUAAAGAAGAAGUUACAGGUCUGUGAGAGCCAGAAAUCUUGCUUGUUUGUAGGUGACCAAAUACUUAUUUUCCACCAUAAUCUGCAAAUAAAUUCAUUAAAAAUCCUACAGUGUGAUUUUCUGGAUUUUUUUUUCUUAAUUUGUCUGUCAUAGUUGACGUGUAACUAUGAUGAAAAUUACAGGCCUCUCUCAUCUUUUUAAGUGGGAGAACUUGCACAAUUGGUGGCUGACUAAAUACUUUUUUUCCCCACUGUAUAUAUAUAUAUAUAUAUAUAUAUAUAUAUAUAUAUAUAUGUGUGUGUGUGUGUGUGUAUAUAUACAGUGGGGAGAACAAGUAUUUGAUACACUGCCAAUUUGGCAGGUUUUCCUACUUACAAAGCAUGUAGAGGUCUGUAUUUUUAUCAUAGGUACACUUCAACUGUGAGAGACGAAAUCUAAAACAAAAAUCCAGAAAAUCACAUUGUAUGAUUUUUAAGUAAUUCAUUUGCAUUUUAUUGCAUGACAUAAGUAUUUGAUCACCUACCAACCAGUAAGAAUUCCGGCUCUCACAGACCUGUUAGUUUUUCUUUAAGAAGCCCUCCUGUUCUCCACUCAUUACCUGUAUUAACUGCACCUGUUUGAACUCGUUACCUGUAUAAAAGACACCUGUCCACACACUCAAUCAAACAGACUCCAACCUCUCUACAAUGGCCAAGACCAGAGAGCUGUGUAAGGACAUCAGGGAUACAAUUGUAGACCUGCACAAGGCUGGGAUGGGCUACAGGACAAUAGGCAAGCAGCUUGGUGAGAAGGCAACAACUGUUGCCGCAAUUAUUAGAAAAUGGAAGAAGUUCAAGAUGACGGUCAAUCACCCUCGGUCUGGGGCUCCAUGCAAGAUCUCACCUCGUGGGGCAUCAAUGAUCAUGAGGAAGGUGAGGGAUCAGCCCUGAAGAGAGCUGGGACCACAGUCUCAAAGAAAACCAUUAGUAACACACUAUGCCGUCAUGGAUUAAAAUCCUGCAGCGCACGCAAGGUCCCCCUGCUCAAGCCAGCGCAUGUCCAGGCCCGUCUGAAGUUUGCCAAUGACCAUCUGGAUGAUCCAGAGGAGGAAUGGGAGAAGGUCAUGUGGUCUGAUGAGACAAAAAUUGAGCUUUUUGGUCUAAACUCCACUCGCCAUGUUUGGAGGAAGAAGAAGUAUGAGUACAACCCCAAGAACACCAUCCCAACCGUGAAGCAUGGAGGUGGAAACAUCAUUCUUUGGGGAUGCUUUUCUGCAAAGGGGACAGGACGACUGCACCGUAUUGAGGGGAGGAUGGAUGGGGCCAUGUAUCGCGAGAUCUUGAAGAUGGGUCCUGGCUGGGUCUUCCAGCAUGACAACGACCCGAAACACACAGCCAGGGCAACUAAGGAGUGGCUCCGUAAGAAGCAUCUCAAGGUCCUGGAGUGGCCUAGCCAGUCUCCAGACCUGAACCCAAUAGAAAAUCUUUGGAGGGAGCUGAAAGUCCGUAUUGCCCAGCGACAGCCCCGAAACCUGAAGGAUCUGGAGAAGGUCUGUAUGGAGGAGUGGGCCAAAAUCCCUGCUGCAGUGUGUGCAAACCUGGUCAAGACCUACAGGAAACGUAUGAUCUCUGUAAUUGCAAACAAAGGUUUCUGUACCAAAUAUUAAGUUCUGCUUUUCUGAUGUAUCAAAUACUUAUGUCAUGCAAUAAAAUGCAAAUUAAUUACUUAAAAAUCAUACAAUGUGAUUUUCUGGAUUUUUGUUUUAGAUUCCGUCUCUCACAGUUGAAGUGUACCUAUGAUAAAAAUUACAGACCUCUACAUGCUUUGUAAGUAGGAAAACCUGCAAAAUCGGCAGUGUAUCAAAUACUUGUUCUCCCCACUGUAUAUGUGUGAUAUAUAUAUAUAUAUAUAUAUUUAUUUUUUUUCGAGGGGAAAAAAACAUGAGGGAUUGGAAGUUAAAUAGACAGUUACAUUGAUGGAAGUUACAAUCUAUCUGCAAUAUUAAAGCUGAUCUACCCCCUAAAAAAAAAAUCCCAAAAAAUAAACUGCUACAUGCAGCUCUCGCUUUGAUCUCAAAACAAGCGCAUCUACUCACGAUCCUCAUGCUGUAAACACAGUCCAGUUCAAAGUGAAUGGCACAGAUCCAUACUGUAUAUGGUAUAUUUGUAUAUAGACCUACUGCAGUUCUGAUUGGUUAUGCGUCACCGGUCUGUGAAGAGUACGGGCUGAGUAGUGUGUGUCAAUGCAAUAGAAUCCUACAAAAUCUCUUGCAUAGUUUGUUUUGCAUACUAAGUCUUGCAUAGUUGGUUUUGUUUCUGUAUGCUGUAUGUUGCAUUGAAGGUGGUUAAUAUUGCAUUGAUUUGAUCACAAUUCCCACAGUAAAGGGAAACAUUGAUAGUGUUAACUAAGGGGAAAACUCUAGAAAGUUUAGUGAAGUUCAAUCUAGUGCUUCUCUGCGUGGGCUGAUAUUUAUUCUGCGGGGCAGUCCCGGGGAGCUGCGUACCUGCACGCAGAUUACAGGGAACGUUGCAUGUAGCUACGACGCGUUCCUAUUCGAUUUCCUGAUUUCACAGACGGGCCACUUAGAAGUUAAGUCACGGGGAAAAUUGUUAUUGAACAUUGGCUUAAACCAAAUUGACAGGAGUUUCAUGAUUGUUAUUUCUGGGGGUGGAUUAUCCCUUUAACCUAUUAUUUUAGCACUGACUUAAAGUUAACCUCGUUAUGCCUAAAAUCAGCCGUGCAAAUCUAAGUUAACCUCAUGACACUUAACCGGAACAUUUGCAUUAAGUGGCCUGAGCCGAGCAACAGAUUCAGUGUGCUCCGUUUCUCUCUUAGUUACAAUUCAGGUAGCUAGAGCUCUGUUUUUGGGAUACAGAGAGAGGUCAAUCAGGGGUCAUAACCUCUCUUCUGAGUGUUCUGACACUGACAGAUUUCAAUUUUUUCUCACUGAAGUUACCCUCUUCCCCUCACUCUAUCCCUCUCUUCCUCUCACUCUAUCCCUCUCUUCCCCUCACUCUGUCCCUCUCUUCCCCUCACUCUAUCCCUCUCUCCCCCUCACUCUGUCCCUCUCUUCCCCUCACUCUGUCCCUCUCUUCCCCUCACUCUGUCCCUCUCUUCCCCUCACUCUGUCCCUCUCUUCCCCUCACUCUAUCCCUCUCUCCCCCUCACUCUGUCCCUCUCUUCCCCUCACUCUGUCCCUCUCUUCCUACUCUUCCCUCCUACUCUGUCCCUCUCUUCCCCUCACUCUGUCCCUCUCUUCCCUCACUCUAUCCCUCUCUUCCCCUCACUCUGUCCCCCCCUCCUCUUCCCCUCACUCUGUCCCUCUCUUCCCCUCACUCUGUCCCUCUCUUCCCCUCACUCUGUCCCUCUCUUCCCCUCACUCUGUCCCUCUCUUCCCUCACUCUGUCCCUCUCUUCCCCUCACUCUGUCCCUCUCUUCCCCUCACUCUGUCCCUCUCUUCCCCUCACUCUGUCCCUCUCUUCCCCUCACCUCCUCUCUCCCACUCUCCUCUCUUCCCCUCACUCUUCCCUCUCUUCCCCUCACUCUGUCCCUCUCUUCCCCUCACUUUUCCCUCUCUUCCCCUCACUCUGUCCCUCUCUUCCCCUCACUCUCCUCCCCCUUCCCUCACUUUCCCCUUCCCCUCUCUAUCCCUCUCUUCCCUCACUCUAGUCCCUCUCUUCCCCUCACUCAUCCCUCUCUUUCCCCUCUCUCCCUCUCUUCCCUCACUCUGUCCUCUCUUCCCUCACUCUUCCCUCUCUACCCUCACUCUGUCCCUCUCUUCCCCUCACUCUGUCCCUAUCUCCCUCCUCUAUCCUCUCUUCUCACCUCUUUCCCUCUCACUCUGUCCCUCUCCUCCCCUCACUCUGUCCCUCUCUUCCCCUCACUCUAUCCCUCUCUUCCCCUCACUCUAUCCCUCUCUUCCCCUCACUCUGUCCCUCUCUUCCCCUCACUCUAUCCCUCUAUUCAUUAUGUUCGUGUCCAUUUUCAUUGAAAACUGCUGCUGAUUUACACUCUCUGUCUCUCAAUCGUCUGUCACUGUGCUUCUGCAGUACCCAGAUCCAAACAUAGACAAGACAGAUGGCCAGGUAGAUAAACAGUCAGACAGACAGGGUGUGUAUGAUGAGGAAGUUAUGCUGUUAUUUGUGUUCUGUGAGGGAUUAGUCAGGAUGAAAGCAUCUCCCAUUCUCAGACUGAUUGACAGAUUACUGCUAAUCUGACUCUGCCCUGUUACACCCUGGACAGCACAGGUAAACAAGCACACAGCAUCGUGCGACCUCGUGUCAGUUAGAGGAAGUGGGGGGUCGGAGUAAGUUGAAUAAGCACACUGCAAGUCCCUCUCUCUCUCUCUCUCUCUCUCUCUCCCUCUCCCACCUCUCUCACUCUCUCCUCCCUCUUCCCCAUAUUUUCUAGCAUGCUAGCAGAUACCCAUGGACUCCCAGUCAUUGCGCUAAUGCUAGUUAGCAUUGGCUCGUGAAACUAUUUCUAACUUCCUUCAUACUGGACACAGAGACAUAAAAAUGGUAUCCACAAGUUCUAAAGUAGAUAAAGGGCUUAAUUGCCAAAUUCCCGAAGUAUCCCUUUAAGAUGGGUAUAAAUCGUGGGGGGAUACCUCAGUUUUCCCCCACACAGCCAACACAAAAUGUAUACCGGUGAGAUGAAUGGUCAUACAUGGUGAAGUGAUAGGUAGAGCAUCGGGCGGCAAGAUUCACUUUUAAGUGUUGAUGCUGGGGUUGACAGUGAGUGUAGGAAAUGGAGCUUAAUCUGCAACCUGUCAAUAACACACAAGUCAGUCUAAACUCUUAUCUGAUGUGACAGGAUGUAGGCUGGCCUUCCUGCUGAUCAGGUGUCAUUUAAGUAUGAUGGGAGGGAGGAGGAAACGAACAGAGAAAUAUCAGUUAUUCAGUGGAGUCAUACUUUAGAUGAAAACCUUUAGAAUGAAUGUUACUGACUGAACUUUGCCAUUCAACGUUUGAACCUUUGAUUUUAGUAACCACCAACGAGGCCUGUAUAACAGAAGAGAGAGGGCAUGAUCAGGAGUGGGAUAUAUAUAUAUAUAUAUACACUCACACACACACACACUCAGUCAGUCAGUCAUGUGAAAAAGUAAGUACACCCCCUGGAAAGUGGUCUUAUUUGGACAGAUGGAUAUUUGAGCAAAAUUCCAAUCACAUUCAUUGAUAAAGGUAACCCAAUUUAACUAAUCACAAAAAGAAAAUACACUUUUAAAAUGUUAUGCAAGUAAAAUAAGCAAAAAUGCAUUUUCCUUAUGCGGAAAACGUUAGUACACCCAUACCUUUACCAUCACAUAAAAUGACUAAACUUAGAAUCAGGUGCACCAAAACAGGUGCAAAUGAUUAGAAAAUCAUUAGAGAGUAACUUGGGAGUGUCCAGCCUUCCAUAAAGAUUAGAACUUGGUCUGGUUUGGUCUUAACCAUAUGGGUGUGUGGUAAGAUCAAAAGACCUACCCGAGGACCUCAGAAGAAAGAUUAUUGAUGCCCAUGAGUCUGGGAGGGGUUACAAAUCAAUUUCCAAGCAAUUCGAAGUACAUAAUUCCAGUGUCCGAUGGAUCAUCUACAAAUGGAAAAAAUUCCAGACCACUGGCAAUCUACCUAGGACAGGUCGUCCCACCAAAUUCAGCCCAAGAACUGACCGAAAGAUGCUCAUUGAAGUCUCUAAGAACCCUAGGGUAACAUCAAGGGAUCUACAGGCCUCUCUUGCAACAAUCAAUCAAAUCAAAUCAAAUUCUAUUGGCCACAUGCGCCGAAUACAACAGGUGCAGACAUUACAGUGAAAUGCUUACUUACAGCCCUUAACCAACAGUGCAUUUAUUUUUUAUAAAAAAUGUAACAUAAAACAACAACAAAAAAGUGUUGAGAAAAAAAGAGCAGAAGUAAAAUAAAAUAACAGUAGGGAGGCUAUAUAUACAGGGGGGUACCGGUGCAGAGUCAAUGUGCGGGGGCACCGGCUAGUUGAGGUAGUUAAGUAAUAUGUACAUGUGGGUAGAGUUAAAGUGACUAUGCAUAAAUACUUAACAGAGUAGCAGCAGCGUAAAAAGAUGGGGUGGGGGGGCAGUGCAAAUAGUCAUGAUUAGCUAUUCAGGAGUCUUAUGGCUUGGGGGUAGAAGCUAUUGAGAAGUCUUUUAGACCUAGACUUGGCACUCCGGUACCGCUUGCCGUGCGGUAGCAGAGAGAACAGUCUAUGACUAGGGUGGCUGGAGUCUUUGACAAUUUUGAGGUCCUUCCUCUGACACCGCCUGGUAUAGAGGUCCUGGAUGGCAGGAAGCUUGGCCCCAGUGAUGUACUGGGCCGUACGCACUACCCUCUGUAGUGCCUUGCGGUCGGAGGCCAAGCAGUUGCCAUACCAGGCGGUGAUGCAACUAGUCAGGAUGCUCUCGAUGGUGCAGCUGUAGAAUUUUUUUUAGGAUCUGAGGACCCAUGCCAAAUCUUUUCAGUCUCCUGAGGGGGAAUAGGCUUUGUCGUGCCCUCUUCACGACUGUCUUGGUGUGUUUGGACCAUGAUAGUUCGUUGGUGAUGUGGACACCAAGGAACUUGAAGCUCUCAACCUGUUCCACUACAGCCCUGUCGAUGAGAAUGGGGGCGUGCUCAGUCCUCUCUUUUUUUUCCUGUAGUCCACAAUCAUCUCCUUUGUCUUGGUCACGUUGAGGGAGAGGUUGUUAUCCUGGCACCACACGGCCAGGUCUCUGACCUCCUCCCUAUAGGCUGUCUCAUCGUUGUCGGUGAUCAGGCCUACCACUGUUGUGUCGUCGGCAAACUUAAUGAUGGUGUUGGAGUCGUGCCUGGCCAUGCAGUUAUGGGUGAACAGGGAGUACAGGAGGGGACUGAGCACGCACCCGUGAGGGGCCCCCGUGUUGAGGAUCAGUGUGGCAGAUGUGUUGUUACCUACCCUUACCACCUGGGGGCGGCCCGUCAGGAAGUCCAGGAUCCAGUUGCAGAGGGAGGUGUUUAGUCCCAGGAUCCUUAGCUUAGUGAUGAGCUUUGAGGGCACUAUGGUGUUGAAUGCUGAGCUGUAGUCAAUGAAUAGCAUUCUCACGUAGGUGUUCCUCUUGUCCAGGUGGGAAAGGGCAGUGUGGAGUGCAAUAGAGAUUGCAUCAUCUGUGGAUCUGUUGGAGCGGUAUGCAAAUUGGAGUGGGUCUAGGGUUUCUGGGAUAAUGGUGUUGAUGUGAGCCAUGACCAGCCUUUCAAGGCACUUCAUGGCUACAGACGUCAGUGCUACGGGUCGGUAGUCAUUUAGGCAGGUUAUCUUAGUGUCCGGGGACUAUGGUGGUCUGCUUGAAACAUGUUGGUAUUACAGACUCAGUCAGGGACAUGUUGAAAAUGUCAGUGAAGACACUUGCCAGUUGGUCAGCAUAUGCUCGGAGUACACGUCCUGGUAAUCCGUCUGGCCCUGCGGCCUUGUGAAUGUUGACCUGCUUAAAAGUCUUACUCACAUCGGCUACGGAGAGCGUGAUCACAUAGUCAUCCGGAACAGCUGGUGCUCUCAUGCAUGCUUCAGUGUUGCUUGCCUCGAAGCGAGCAUAGAAGUGGUUUAGCUCGUCUGGUAGGCUUGUGUCACUGGGCAGCUCGCGGCUGUGCUUCCCUUUGUAGUCUGUAAUAGUUUUCAAGCCCUGCCACAUCCGACGAGCGUCAGAGCCGGUGGAGUACGAUUCAAUCUUAGUCCUGUAUUGACUCUUUGCCUGUUUGAUGGUUCGUCGGAGGGCAUAGCGGGAUUUCUUAUAAGCGUCCGGGUUAGAGUCCCGCUCCUUGAAAGCGGCAGCUCUACCCUUUAGCUCAGUGCGGAUGUUUCCUGUAAUCCAUGGCUUCUGGUUGGGGUAUGUACGUACGGUCACUGUGGGGACGACGUCAUCGAUGCACUUAUUGAUGAAGCCAGUGACUGAUGUGGUGUACUCCUCAAUGCUAUCUGAAGAAUCCCGGAACAUGUUCCAGUCUGUGCUAGCAAAACAGUCCUGUAGCUUAGCAUCUGCGUCAGCUGACCAUUUUUUAUUAACCGAGUCACUGGUGCUUCCUGCUUUAGUUUUUGCUUAUAAGCAGGAAUCAGGAGGAUAGAGUUAUGGUCAGAUUUGCCAAAUGGAGGGCGAGGGAGAGCUUUGUAUGCAUCUCUGUGUGUGGAGUAAAGGUGGUCUAGAGUUUAUUUUUUCCUCUUGUUGCACAUUUAACAUGCUGGUAGAAAUGAGGUAGAACGGAUUUAAGUUUCCCUGCAUUAAAGUCCCUGGCCACUAGGAGCGCUGCCUCUGGAUGAGCGUUUUCCUGUUGACUUAUGGCCUUAUACAGCUCAUUCAGUGCAAUCUUAAUGCCAGCAUUGGUUUGUGGUGGUAAAUAGACAGCUAUGAAAAAUAUAGAUGAAAACUCUCUUGGUAUAUAGUGUGGUCUACAGCUUAUCAUAAGAUACUCUACCUCAGGCGAGCAAAACCUCGAGACUUCCUUAGUAUUUGAUUUUGUGCACCAGCUGUUGUUUACAAAUAUACACAGACCGCCACCCCUUGUCUUACCGGAGUCAGCAGUUCUAUCCUGCCGAUGUAGCGUAUAGCCCGCUAGCUCUAUGUUAUCCAUGUCGUCGUUUAGCCACGACUCGGUGAAACAUAAGAUAUUACAGUUUUUAAUGUCCCGUUGGUAGGAUAACCGUAAUCUUAGGUCAUCCAAUUUAUUUUCCGAUGAUUGAAGAUUGGCUAAUAGGAUUGAUGGGAGCGGCAGUUUACUCGCUCGCCGCCGGAUCCUUACAAGGCACCCCGACCUACGUCCACGAUAUCUCCGUCUCUUCCUCAUGCGAAUGACGGGGGAUUUGGGCCUUGUCGGGUGUAUGUAGGAUAUCCUUGCGGCCGCCUCUUGAAGAAAAAUUAUUCGUCCAAUACGAGGUGAGUAAUCACUGUCCUGAUAUCCAGAACAAUUUUUGGUUAUAAGAGACGAUGGCAGAAACAUUAUGUACAAAAUAAAUUACAAAUAACGCGGAAAAACACACAUAAUAGUACAAUUGGUUAGAGGGCUGUAAAACGGCAGCCAUCUUCUCCGGCGCCAUCAAUGUCAAAGUGCAUGAGUCAACUGUCAGAAAGAGACUGCACAAACUUGGCCUACAUGGGAGGUCAGGAAGGAAGAAGCCUCUGCUCUCAAAAAAGAAUAUAAAGACACGACUGACGUUUGCCAGACAACACCUGGGUAAAGACCAAAAAUAUUGGAACAAUGUGCUCUGGACAGAUGAGUCAAAGGUGGAGUUGUUUGGCCGCAAUGCCAGACGCCAUGUUUGGCGAAAACAAAACACUGCCUUUGAACAGACAAACCGCAGACCGACCGUAAAGCAUGGAGGCGGUGGCAUUAUGGUUUGUGGCUGCUUUGCUGCCUCAGGGCCUGGCCAACUUGCCAUCAUUGAGUCAACCAUGAAUUCCAUAUUGUACCAGAGAAUUCUUGAGGAGAAUGUGAGGCCAUCUGUCAGAAAGCUGAAGCUGAACCGAACAUGGGUCUUGCAACAGGACAAUGAUCCAAAACACACAAGCAAAGCUACAACAGAAUGGCUCAAAAAUAAGAAAUGGACGGUUAUGGAAUGGCAGAGUCAAAGCCCAGAUCUCAAUCCUGUCGAAAUGCUGUGGGGGGAAUUGAAGUGGGUCGUGCAUGCAAGAAAGCUCUCGAACAUGACACAGUUGUGAAGCAGUACUGUAAAGAAGUGGGCAACAAUUCCUCCUAGUCGAUGUAAGAGACUGAUAGACAGUUACAAAAAACAGCUACAUGAAGUUAUUUCAUCCAAUGGGGGCAACACCAGCUAUUGAAGUUAGGGGUGUACUUAUUUUUGUCUGCACUAUGGAAUUGUAUUUCUAUUGAUUUUUGAUGAAUAAAUGAUUGGAAAGUAUAAUCUGUCAGUGGCAUUUGUUACAUUUGGUUACCUUCAUCUGUCAAUAGUGUUGAAGUGAAGAUGACGUAUCAAUUUUUCCAAAUGUACAAAAAAAAGACAACUUUGCAGGGGGUGUACUUAGUUUUUACCUUAACUGUACAUACAGUGCAUUCGGAAAGUAUUCAGACCCCUUGACUUUUUCAACAUUUUUGUUAUGUUACUGCCUUAUUCAAAAAUGGGUUAAAUGAAAACAUUUGCUCAUCAAUCUACACACAACACCCCGUAAUGACAAAGCGAAAACAGGUUUUUAUAAAUGUUUGCAAAUGUAUUAAAAAUAAAAAUAAUAAAUACCUUAUUUACAUAAGUAUUCAGACCCUUUUGCUAUGAGUCAAUUGAGCUCAGGUGCAUCCUGUUUCCAUUGAUCAUCCUUGAUGUUUCUGCAACUUGAUUGGAGUCCACCUGUGGUCAAUUCAAUUGAUUGGACAUGAUUUGGAAAGGCAACCAGCUUAUUUCUGCAGCAUUGAAGGUCCCCAAGAACCCAGUGGCCUCCAUCAUUCUUAAAUGGAAGAAGUUUGUAACCACCAAGACUCUUCCUAGAGCUGGCCGCCCGGCCAAGCUGACCAUUUGGGGGAGAAGGGCCUUGGUCAAAGAGGUGAACAACAACCCGAUGGUGAGUUCCUCUGUGGAGAUGGGAGAACCUUCCAGAAGGACAACCAUCUCUGCAGCACUCCACCAAUCAGGCCUUGAUGGUAGAGUGGCCAGACGGAAGCUUCAACAAAGUACAUAGUAAUGGGUCUGAAUAAAUAUAUAUAUAUAUAUAUAUAUAUAUAUAUAUAUAUAUAUAUAUUUCAGUUUUAAUUGUUAUUAAAUGUGAAAACAUUUCUAAAAAAACUUUUUUUGCUUUGUCAUUAUGGGGUAUUGUGUGUAGAUUGAUGAGGGGGAAAAAACACUUUAAUCCAUUUCAUAAAUAAGGCUGUAAUGUAACAAAAUGUGGAAAAAGUCAAGGGGUCUGAAUUCUUUCCGAAUGCACUGUAUAGAAAAGAAGAACCAUCAAUAGAGAGACUGGUUUAGAGAGAGGCAAAGGACAAGGGGAUUGAGAGAGACCGAGAUGGAGAUCAUGUGGGGAAAAAUAGUACAAAUAUAGGAACUUUUGUUUGGGUAUGUGGGCUUCUAGGAACACUGUCUGUUUCUAUAGAGAGGGCCUUAUCAAACCCUGGGCAUGAAUAUUAGCUGAGUCAGUGGGGUGGGUUGUUGACAGUAGGCUAGUAGAAGAGGGAGGGUGUGUGUUGCUGAGUCUGUGGUUUGACAACUUUUGAAGUGUGUGUGUAUGUGUGCGAGCAAGAGAGUUUGACAGUCUGCUAAUGCAUGCUCUGGGUGGGUGUACAGGUACACGGUGUGAAACUGCUCUAUGCAGCCUACUCAUUACGGAGACUCAGGCUUUGGGUUUGGAGCAUUAUCGGAAUGGAUACUUCCUCACUGCAGGCAUCUCUCUAGUCUAACAUAACACUGUCUCCCCAUUAUCCUGGAACAGCUGUGAAAAGCUGUGAGCCUUGUCUCCCAGUCCGAGUGCAAGUACCCAGCAGUCAACCUACUCACACUGGACCCAUGCCAAUUAGUGGGAGGAAAGUUUGGUGUGUGUGUCCUGGAGGGUUAAUACUGGACAAGGCUGUGUGGGAUGUGUGGCGCAGAGGUUUCAGACAGUCGGAUCAAGCUGCUGAGAACACUAAGGCUGUGGGUUCAGUAACUGCAUAGGGGCAUUUCCAUGGUAACGGAAUUAUACUUUGACUCAGUUUUUUUUCACUUUAAAAUGUACACCAAACAACAGCCAUUGAUUUCAAAGUUUAACAAACCGUACAACUCUAUGCACAAGCAUGACUUUUAACAAUUUCCACUGAGAAAUGUAUAAAAGCAAAUUAAGUGGAAGAACUGUGCAGAUGCAAGCUUUGGUAACGGAAUGACGGUAAAAUCUCCCUCAGGUUUUUAUGCGAAGACGAAAAAAAAAAAAAAACUCUGUUAAAUAUCUGUUCUGAAUUAAGAGUUACAGUUCAUAUAUGGAAAACAGUCAAUUGAAAUAAAUUCAUCAGGUCCUAAUCUAUGGAUUUCAUGACUGGGAAUACAGAUACCUUUAAAAAAAAGUAGGGAGUGGAUCAGAAAACUAGUCAGUAUCUGGUGUGACCACCAUUUGCCUCAUGCAGUGCGACAUUGCCUUCGCAUAGAGUUGAUCAAGCUGUUGAUUGUGGCCUGUGGAAUGUUGUCCCAUUCCUCUUCAAUGGCUGUGUGAAGUUGCUGGAUAUUGGCGGGAACUAGAACACGCAAAUGUUGAUCCAGAGCAUCCCAAACAUGCUCAAUGGGUGACAUGUCUGGUGAGUAUGCAGGCCAUGGAAAACCUGGGAAAUGUUCAGCUUCCAGGAGUUGUGUACAGAUCCCUGCGACAUGGGCCGUGCAUCAUCAUGCUGAAACGUGAGGUAAUGGUGGCUGAUGAAUGGCACGCCAAUAGGACUCAGGAUCUCGUCACGAUAUCUCUGUGCAUUAAAAUUUCCAUCGAUUUAAAUGCAUUUGGGUUCGUUGUACGCAUCUUAUGCCUGCCCAUACCACAACCUCACCACCACCAUGGGGACACUCUGUUCACAAUGUUGACAUCAGCAAACCGCUCGCCCUUCUGCCCGGUACAUUUGAAAUCGGGAUUGAUCCAUGAAGAGCACACUUCUCCAGCAUGCCAGUGGCCAUCGAAGGUGAGUAUUUGCCCACUGAAGUUGGUUACGACGCUGAACUGCAGUCAUGUUAAGACCCUGUUGACGACAACGAGCACACAGAUGAGCUUCCCUGAGAUGGUUUCUGACAGUUUGUGCAGAAAGUCUUCGAUCGUGCAAACCCACAGUUUCAUCAGCUGUCCGGGUGGCUGGUCUCAGACGAUCCCCCAAGUGAAGAAGCGGGAUGUGGAGGUCCUGGGCUGGCGUGGUUACACGUGGUCUGUACUGCCAAUUCUCUUAAAACGACAUUGGAGGCAGUUUUUGGUAGAGAAAUUGACAUUACAUUUUCUGGUAACAGCUCUGGUGGACAUUCCUGCAAUCAGCAUGCAAAUUGCACACUCCCUCAAAACAUGAGACCUCUGGGGCAUUGUGUUCUGUGACAAAACCUCACAUUUUAGAGUGGCAUUUUAAUGUCCCCAGCACAAGGUGCACCUGUGUAAAUACCAUACUGUUUAAUCAGCUUCUUGAUAUGCCAUACCUGUCAGGUAGAUGGAAUAUAUAGACAAAGGGAAAAUGCUCGCUAACAGGGAUGUAAACAAAUUUGUGCACAACAUUUUUGUGAAUUAAGCUUUAUGUGCAUCUGGAACAUUUCUGGGAUAUUUUAUUUCAGCUCAUGCAACAUGGGACCAGCACUUUACAUGUUGCGUUUAUAGUUUUGUUCAGUAUAUUUUGGUUAUUGAACUACAGUAAGUGAAGCGGAUUUACACCCGGUAACAGAGUUAUGGUAACAGCAUGGGUCCCUGUCUGAUCUGUACUACACAGAAAUGCAUAAUUAUGGAUAUGAAUGUCAUUUUCCUCAUGUUUCACAAGUUUGGACAUCACAGCGCAACACAGCAGAGCAGAGUAGAGUUCAUUACAGUACUAUACUUUACUUUUCUUUACUGUAUUGUACUGUAUUGUGCUAUCCAAACUUGUGAAACAUACAGUUGAAGUCGGAAGUUUACAUACACUUAGGUUGGAGUCAUUAAAACUUGUUUUUCAACUACUCCACAUAUUUCUUGUUAACAAACUAUAGUUUUGGCAAGUCGGUUAGGACAUCUACUUUCUGCAUGACACAAUUAUUUUUUCCAACAAUUGUUUACAGACAGAUUAUUUCACUUAUAAUUAACUGUAUCAACAUUCCAGUGGUUCAGAAGUUUACAUACACUAAGUUGACUGUGCCUUUAAACAGCUUGGAAAAUUCCAGAAAAUAUUGUCAUGGCUUUAGAAGCUUCUGAUAGGCUAAUUGACAUAAUUUGAGUCAAUUGGAGGUGUACCUGUGGAUGUAUUUCAAGGCCUACCUUCAAACUCAGUGCCUCUUUGCUUGAUAUCAUUGGAAAAUCAAAAGAAAUCAGCCAAGACCUCAGAAAAAUAAUUGUAGACCUCCACAAGUAUGUUUCAUCCUUGGGAGCAAUUUCCAAACGUCUGAAGGUACCACAUUCAUCUGUACAAACAAUAAUACGCAAGUAUAAACACCAUGGGACCACGCAGCCAUCAUACUGCUCAGGAAGGAGACGCGUUUCUCUCUCCUAGAGAUGAACAUACUUUGGUGCGAAAAGUGCAAAUCAAUUCCAGAACAACAGCAAAGGACCUUGUGGGGCGGCAGGUAGCUUAGUGGUUAAGAGCGUAGUGCCAGUAACCGAAAGGUUGCUGGUUCUAAUCCCCGAGCCGACUAGGUGAAAAAUCUGUCGAUGUGCCCUUGAGCAAGGCACUUAACCCUAAUUGCUCCUGUAAGUCGCUCUGGAUAAGAGCGUCUGCUAAAUGUCUAAAAUGUAAAUGUAAAUGUAAUGAAGAUUCUGGAGGAAACAGGUACAAAAGUAUCUAUAUCCACAGUAAAACGAGUCCUAUAUCAACGUAACCUGAAAGGCCGCUUAGCAAGGAAGAAGCCACUUCUCCAAAACCACCAUAAAAAAGCCAGACUACGGUUUGCAACUGCUCAUUGGGACAAAGAUCGUACCUUUUGGAGAAAUGUCCUGUGGUCUGAUGAAACAAAAAUAGAACUGUUUGUUCUUAACAUAUUGCUCACCAUAUGUAUGCUGCAGAGGGACAAGAGAGCCAUGAGAAAACGAGUUUUGAUCAGUCAUGGAAAUGAAAAUGUUGAAAAUAAAUUUGCUCCCUAUAUAAAAAGAACAUGGAGAACAAGCUAUGAAGGAAACAUACUGAAGUUUAGGUGCAGGUACAGCCAACUACCACUAAAGUAAUAUUGCGAUUUGUCAAAACGAUACGAUAUAUCGUCAAAAAUAAUAUUCUCAAUACGUAAUAUAUAUAUAAAUUCUCCCACCAUCACUAGUUUGUGUGUAAACAGGGUAAGGAUGAACAGUGAAUGGACUUGUUGAUGGCAGGCAGAUGGAGACGUAGGUGAUUAAGGGGGGCGGCGCUGUCACUUAUCGAGUUCCUUUGUUUACUCACUUUCUCACACAGAUUGAUCUGCCUGCAUCAUUAAACUGUAAGCCCUCAGGGAGAGGGAGUCAACGUCCUCUUCCUGUAUACAAGUGCAUGGGGGUAUUUUUGGGAGGUGAUCAGUGGGGGAGUUGGUUAUUUAUGGGGGGGUCAGUGGGGGAGUUGGGUAUUUUUGGGAGGGGGUCAGUGGGGGAGUUUUGGGAGGGUGUCAGUGUGGGAGUUGGGUAUUUUUGGGAGGGGGUCUGUGGGGGAGUUGGGUAUUUUUUGGAAGGGGUUACUUAAAGAUUUCGAAUGAACCCCGUUAUCCUCCUACACACAAUUCUAAACUCCCCAUGUCUAAUUCUAGCCCUAUGUAUGUGUGACAGAAUACAUGAGGGUGUGUGUAAGAGAAUGUAUUCGCCUUUGUGUGUCCGUGUGUGUGAGUAUCAGUGUCCAGUCUUCUGUCGGAGGUGCUGUGAGUGACUGACAGUUAGUGAUAGAUUGGUCACUCUGUAUCAUUUCAUCCACAGGCUGUCUCUGUGUGUAAUCAAUGCAUAAUUUGCUCAAGGCUGUGGGGCCUUCGUCCCAGCCUCUUGCCCCAGAGAGGGCUCUCACCACAGGGGCAGAAAGCCCCUCAACACUGGGUCCACGGAGGCCCCAGUCAUGAAUAGACAGCUGUUAAAUCAAGAGACCCUGGCUGUGAGGUGGAUUGAUGGACACUGACACAGAAUGUCCAGACGAGAGAGAAUGUAAAGAAAUCAUAUUUCUGCUGAACUACCAAUUUGGUGAGGUAGUUGAGUUCAUAUAGUACAUCCAAAUCACACAAUUAAUACAUAACCAGAAUUCCAUUUAGGCAUGCCACUUUAAGCAGGCAGUUGACUAUUCACAUAACAUUCAAAGAUGGCCGUCUGCCUGUGUGGAAUGCCACCAGACAGACGUGGUUACAGUGGGAAUGCUUUCUACUAGGCUUGGGAAACACACACACACACGUUGGCGUGGGCGGAAAGGGGUAUGAUGAAGCUGUCACAGCUUUUUAUGUCUGAGCUGUCUAUCACAGGUCUAACCCAUGGAACAGCUGGGUGUGCUGCUGGUGCAUGGUGGGUCUAGUGUGUGCUGCUGGUGCAUGGUGGGUCUAGUGUGUGUGCUGCUGGUGCAUGGUGGGUCUAGUGUGUGUGCUGCUGGUGCAUGGCGGGUCUAGUGUGUGUGCUGCUGGUGCAUGGUGGGUCUAGUGUGUGUGCUGCUGGUGCAUGGUGGGUCUAGUGUGUGUGCUGCUGGUGCAUGGUGGGUCUAGUGUGUGUGCUGCUGGUGCAUGGUGGGUCUAGUGUGUGUGCUGCUGGUGCAUGGCGGGUCUAGUGUGUGUGCUGCUGGUGCAUGGCGGGUCUAGUGUGUGUGCUGCUGGUGCAUGGUGGGUCUAGUGUGUGUGUGCUGCUGGUGCAUGGCGGGUCUAGUGUGUGUGCUGCUGGUGCAUGGCGGGUCUAGUGUGUGUGCUGCUGGUGCAUGGUGGGUCUAGUGUGUGUGCUGCUGGUGCAUGGCGGGUCUAGUGUGUGUGCUGCUGGUGCAUGGUGGGUCUAGUGUGUGUGCUGCUGGUGCAUGGUGGGUCUAGUGUGUGUGCUGCUGGUGCAUGGCGGGUCUAGUGUGUGUGCUGCUGGUGCAUGGUGGGUCUAGUGUGUGUGCUGCUGGUGCAUGGUGGGUCUAGUGUGUGUGCUGCUGGUGCAUGGUGGGUCUAGUGUGUGUGCUGCUGGUGCAUGGUGGGUCUAGUGUGUGUGCUGCUGGUGCAUGGCGGGUCUAGUGUGUGUGCUGCUGGUGCAUGGUGGGUCUAGUGUGUGUGCUGCUGGUGCAUGGCGGGUCUAGUGUGUGUGCUGCUGGUGCAUGGCGGGUCUAGUGUGUGUGCUGCUGGUGCAUGGUGGGUCUAGUGUGUGUGCUGCUGGUGCAUGGUGGGUCUAGUGUGUGUGCUGCUGGUGCAUGGCGGGUCUAGUGUGUGUGCUGCUGGUGCAUGGCGGGUCUAGUGUGUGUGCUGCUGGUGCAUGGCGGGUCUAGUGUGUGUGCUGCUGGUGCAUGGCGGGUCUAGUGUGUGUGCUGCUGGUGCAUGGCGGGUCUAGUGUGUGUGCUGCUGGUGCAUGGUGGGUCUAGUGUGUGUGCUGCUGGUGCAUGGCGGGUCUAGUGUGUGUGCUGCUGGUGCAUGGCGGGUCUAGUGUGUGUGCUGCUGGUGCAUGGCGGGUCUAGUGUGUGUGCUGCUGGUGCAUGGCGGGUCUAGUGUGUGUGCUGCUGGUGCAUGGCGGGUCUAGUGUGUGUGCUGCUGGUGCAUGGCGGGUCUAGUGUGUGUGCUGCUGGUGCAUGGCGGGUCUAGUGUGUGUGCAGCUGGUGCAUGGCGGGUCUAGUGUGUGCUGCUGGUGCAUGGCGGGUCUAGUGUGUGUGCUGCUGGUGCAUGGCGGGUCUAGUGUGUGUGCUGCUGGUGCAUGGCGGGUCUAGUGUGUGUGCUGCUGGUGCAUGGCGGGUCUAGUGUGUGUGCUGCUGGUGCAUGGCGGGUCUAGUGUGUGUGCUGCUGGUGCAUGGCUGGUCUAGCCUGUGCUGUGAAGAGACUGGCUGCUGUUCUUACUGUAUAGGUUCAUCUCUAGUUUGCCAGGAUUAGUUGCAAAAGAAAGUAAACUGAUGAUAAUGGCAGUGCUGGGGUUAAUGUGUUGGGUUGUAGCACCCUAACUAGUUGUCCACCCAAGAUGAGCCUUAGGUUGUUUGUUUGUGCUCUCUCUCUCAGUGUUUUGUAGUGUAAUGUGAAUGAUUGUGGUCUCUCUCUGUCAGUGUUUUGUAGUGUAGUGUGAGUGAGUGAUUGUGGUCUCUCUGUGUUUUGUAGUGUGAAUGAUUGUGGUCUCUCUCUGUGUAGUGUGAAUGAUUGGGCUGAGAGGGAACUGUGCUUCCGUAGAGGUAGGGGGGCUAUCAGGCCAGAGGUGGAUGAACAUAUUGCCCUCGUUUGGGUGUAGCGUCUGAUCAGAGCCUGAAGGUAAAGAGGGCCUAGAGCUGAGCCCUAGGGGACACCAGUGGUGAGAGCACGUGGUGCUGAGACAGAUUCUCGCCACGCCACCUGGUAGGAGCGACCUGUCAGGUAGGACUCAAUCCAAGAGUGAGCAGCGCCGGAGAUGCCCAACUUGGAGAGGGUGGAGAGGACGAUCUGAUGGUUCACAGUAUCAAAGGCAGUAGAUAGGUCUAGAAGGAUAAGAGCAGAGGAGAGAGAGUUAGCUUUAGCAGUGCGGAGAGCCUCCGUGACACAGACAAGAGCAGUCUCAGUUGAAUGACCAGUCUUGAAACCUGACUGGUUUGGAUCAAGAAGGUCAUUCUGAGAGAGAUAGCAGGAGAGUUGGCUAGAGACGGCACGCUCGAGUUUUGGAGAGAAAAGAAAGAAGGGAUACUGGUCUGUAGUUGUUGACAUCGGAGGGAUCGAGUGUAGGUUUUUUGAGGAGGGGUGCAACUCUCGCUCUCUUGAAGACGGAAGGGACAUAGCUAGCGGUCAAGGAUGAGCGAGGUGAGGUAAGGGAUAAGGUCUCCGGAAAUGGUCAGGAGAAGAGGGGAUAGGGUCAAGCGGGCAGGUUGUUGGGCGGCCGGCCGUCGCAAGAUUUCAUCUGGAGAAAGAAGUCAAAGCGUAGGGUAGGGCAGUGUGAGCAGGACCAGCGGUGUCAUUUGACUUAAUAAAUGAGGAUCGGAUGUCGUCAACCUUCCUUUCAAAAUGGUUGACGAAGUCAUCCACAGAGAGGGAGGAGGAGGAUUCAGCAGGGAGGAGAAGGUGGAAAAGAGCUUCCUAGGGUUAGAGGCAGAGGCUUGAAAUUUAGAGUUGUAGAAAGUGGCUUUAGCAGCAGAAACAGAGGAAGAAAAUGUAGAGGAGGGAGUGAAAAGAUAACAGGUCCACAGGGAGUCUAGUUUUCCUCCAUUUCCGCUCGGCUGCCCGGAGCCCUGUUCUGUGAGCUCGCAAUGAGUCGUCAAGCCACGGAGCAGGAGGGGAGGACCGAGCCGGCCGGGAGGAUAGGGGACAUAGAGAGUCAAAAGAUGCAGAAAGGGAGGAGAGGAGGGUUGAGGAGGCAGAAUCAGGAGAUCGGAGGGAGAAUGAUUUAGCAGAGGGAAGAGAUGAUGGGAUGGAAGAGGAGAGAGUAGCGGGAGAGAGAGAGCGAAGGUAUUGCCUGCCUUGUGAGUAGGGGGGGACGGUGAGAGGAUGAGGUCAAAAGAGGAAAGGAGUGGAAAGAAGGAGGCAGAGAGAAAUGAGUCAAAGGCAGACGUAGGGAGGUUAAAGUCACACAGAACUGUGAGGGGUGAGCCAUCUUCAGGAAAGGGACUUAUCAAGGCGUCAAGCUCAUUGAUGAACUCUCCAAGGGAACCUGGAGGGCAAUAAAUGAUAAGGAUGUUAAGCUUGAAUGAGCUAGUGACUGUGACGGCAUGGAAUUCAAAUGAGGAGAUAGACAGAUGGGUCAGGGGGAAAAGAGAGAAUGUCCACUUGGGAGAGAUGAGGAUUCCUGUGCCACCGCCGCGCUGACCAGAUGCUCUCGGGUAUGCGAGAACACAUGAUCAGACGAGGAAAGAGCAUUAGGAGUAGCAGUGUUUUCUGUGGUAAUCCAUGUUUCCGUCAGCGCCAAGAAGUCGAGGGACUGGAGGGUAGCAUAGGCUGAGAUGAACUCUGCCUUGUUGGCCGCAGAACGGCAGUUCCAGAGGCUGCUGGAGACCUGGAACUCCACGUGGGUCGUGCGCGCAGGGACCACCAGAUUAGAGGGCAGCAGCCACGCGGUGUGAAGCGUUUGUAUGGCCUGUGCAGAGAGGAGAGAACAGGGAUAGACAGACACAUAGUUGACAGGCUACAGAAAAGGCUUCAAUAAAGCAAAAGAGAUCGGAAUAAAAUUAACAAAACAUCUGGGGAAGCGAGAGAGCGAGGCCUACCUCACUUACCUUUCACUGAAACACUCAAAUAUAUCUCUCCCAACUUCCUCUUUAGAAAUUAUAAUUGUUGUAAACUACAGCGGUUCAAUGUUUUCGAGGAAUAGACUCUAACUUAGUUUAUUCAGCUAGCUAACUUGGUACUGUAUUCUUCUGUGAAAACCGCCCAGGGCACCGUAUCCUAUGACGCCAUAGCUAAUUAGCAUGUUAGCAUCCAAUAACACACGGUUUAGCACCAAUACUUAGUUACAACAAACUACCAAUAGUGUGUUAACACACUAAACAGAUCAUUCGUGUCCGUGUCUAGUUCCUUUCAUAACGCAGAAAUAAUUAAACGUUGGCUAGCUAGCACAAAGUUAGUCAUUCUAGCUACACAAGUGGACUACACAUCUCGAAUGUUCAGAAAGUGAAGCUUUACGUUGCAAAAUUCUCAUUGACUAAAAUGAUAUUGUAUUUAGUUGCUACAGUACUGCUAGCUGGUAGUGUUGGCUAGCUAGCAAUGGCUGCAGUGUUGACUUUGUUUGAAAAACGGCGUCGCUGCGAACGAAUGUAGCUGGCUAGCUAACCUCGAUAGUUUCUCUAUACUACACCUUUAUCUUUGAUACAAAGACAACUAUGUAGCUAGCUAACAUUACACUAAUCAAAUUGUUCCAAUGUAAUGUGUGACAUAUUACCUGCGGAGCGAAGUACAGCAAUAAUACCUAGCUAAAUGCUUGUGUUUUUAGCUCCAACAGUAAUAAUGCCUAGCUAUGUGGUCCUCUGUAGCUCAGCUGGUAGAGCACGGCGCUUGUAACGCCAAGGUAGUGGGUUCGAUCCCCGGGACCACCCUUACACAAAAAUAUUUAUGCACGCAUGACUGUAAGUCGCUUUGGAUAAAAGCGUCUGCUAAAUGGCAUAUUAUUAUUAUUAUUAUUAUUAUAAAUGCUUGUGUUUCUAGCUCCUUUCUAGCUCCAACAGUAAUAAUACCUAGCUAAAUGCUUGUGUUUCUAGUUCCAACAGUAAUAAUACCUAUCUAAAUGCGUGUGUUUCUAGCUCCAACAGUAUUAAUACCUAGCUAAAUGCUUGUGUUUCUAGCUCCAACAGUAAUAAUACCUAGCAGUACAAAAAGUAAAAACAAACAUUAAGAAAUAUCAGAACGAGCAAUUGUCAGAGUCCGGAAUAUACACUGCGUGUACAAAACAUUAAGAACACCUGCUCUUUCCAUGAGACUGACCAGGUGAAAGCUAUGAUCCCUUAUUGAUCUCACUUGUUAACUCCACUUCAAUCAGUGUAGAUGAAGGGGAGGAGACCGGUUAAAGAAGGAUUUUUAAGCCUUGAGACAAUUGAGACAUGGAUUGUGAAUGUGUGCCAUUCAGAGGGUGAAUGGGCAAGACUAAAGAUUGAAGUGCCUUUGAACGGGGUAUGGUAGUAGGUGCCAGUUUGUGUCAAGAACUGCAAUGCUGCUGGGUUUUUCACGCUUAACAGUUUCCCGUGUGUAUCAAGAAUGGUCCUCCAGCAAACUUGAAACAACUGUGGGAAGCAAUGGAGUCAGCAUGGUCCAGCAUCCCUGUGGAACGCUUUCGACACCUUGUAGAGUCCAUGCCCCGAAGAAUUGAGUCAGUUCUGAGGGCAACGGUGUGUAUGGACAGUAUAUGAAUAGAAAAGGUGUGCACAGCAGUAGCUAUAUAGGAUGAGCCUUGACUAGAAUACACUAUAUAUAUAUAUAUACACAGUGGGGAGAACAAGUAUUUGAUACACUGCCGAUUUUGCAGGUUUUCCUACUUACAAAGCAUGUAGAGGUCUGUAAUUUUUAUCAUAGGUACACUUCAACUGUGAGAGACAGAAUCUAUUUUUAAAAAAUCCAGAAAAUCACAUUGUAUGAUUUUUAAGUAAUUAAUUUGCAUUUGAUUGCAUGACAUAAGUAUUUGAUACAUCAGAAAAGCAGAACUUAAUAUUUGGUACAGAAACCUUUGUUUGCAAUUACAGAGAUCAUACGUUUCCUGUAGGUCUUGACCAGGUUUGCACACACUGCAGCAGGGAUUUUGGCCAUACAGACCUUCUCCAGAUCCUUCAGGUUUCGGAGCUGUCGCUGGGCAAUAUGGACUUUCAGCUCCCUCCAAAGAUUUUCUAUUGGGUUCAGGUCUGGAGACUGGCUAGGCCACUCCAGGACCUUGAGAUGCUUCUUACGGAGCCACUCCUUAGUUGCCUUGGCUGUGUGUUUCGGGUCGUUGUCAUGCUGGAAGACCCAGCCACGACCCAUCUUCAAUGCUCUUACUGAGUGAAGGAGGUUGUUGGCCAAGAUCUCGCGAUACAUGGCCCCAUCCAUCCUCCCCUCAAUACGGUGCAGUCGUCCUGUCCCCUUUGCAGAAAAGCAUCCCCAAAGAAUGAUGUUUCUACCUCCAUGCUUCACGGUUGGGAUGGUGUUCUUGGGGUUGUACUCAUCCUUCUUCUUCCCCCAAACACGGCGAGUGGAGUUUAGACCAAAAAGCUAUAUUUUUGUCUCAUCAGACCACAUGACCUUCUCCCAUUCCUCCUCUGGAUCAUCCAGAUGGUCAUUGGGAAACUUCAGACGGGCCUGGACAUGCGCUGGCUUGAGCAGGGGGACCUUGCAUACGCUGCAGGAUUUUAAUCCAUGACGGCGUAGUGUGUUACUAAUGGUUUUCUUUGAGACUGUGGUCCCAGCUCUCUUCAGGUCAUUGACCAGAUCCUGCCGUGUAGUUCUGGGCUGAUCCCUCACCUUCCUCAUGAUCAUUGAUGCCCCACGAGGUAAGAUCUUGCAUGGAGCCCCAGACCGAGGGUGAUUGAACUUCUUCCAUUUUCUAAUAAUUGCGCCAACAGUUGUUGCCUUCUCACCAAGCUGCUUGCCUAUUGUCCUGUAGCCCAUCCCAGCCUUGUGCAGGUCUACAAUUUUAUCCCUAAUGUCCUUACACAGCUCUCUGGUCUUGGCCAUUGUGGAGAGGUUGGAGUCUGUUUGAUUGAGUGUGUGGACAGGUGUCUUUUAUACAGGUAACGAGUUCAAACAGGUGCAGUUAAUACAGGUAAUGAGUGGAGAACAGGAGGGCUUCUUAAAGAAAAACGAACAGGUCUGUGAGAGCCGAAAUUCUUACUGGUUGGUAGGUGAUCAAAUACUUAUGUCAUGCAAUAAAAUGCAAAUUAAUUACUUAAAAAUCAUACAAUGUGAUUUUCUGGAUUUUUUAGAUUCCGUCUCUCACAGUUGAAGUGUACCUAUGUUAAAAAUUACAGACCUCUACAUGCUUUGUAAGUAGGAAAACCUGAAAAAUCGGCAGUGUAUCAAAUACUAUAUAUAUAUAUAUAUAUAUAUAUAUAUAUAUAUAUAUAUAUAUAUACAUACAUACAUACAUACAUACAUACAUACAUACAUACAUACAUACAUACAUACAUACAUACAUACAUACAUACAUACAUACAUACAUACAUACAUACAUACAUACAUACAUACAUACAUACAUACAUACAUACACACAACACACACACACACACACACACACACAGUGAGGGGGCAAAAAGUUUUUGAUCCCCUGCUGAUUUUGUACGUUUGCCCACUGACAAAGACAUGAUCAGUAUAUAAUUUUAAUGGUAGGUUUAUUUGAACAGUGAGAGACAGAAUAACAACAAAAAAAUCCAGAACAACGCAUGUCAAAAAUGUUAUAAAUUGAUUUGCAUUUUAAUGAGGGGAAAACGUAUUUGGAUUUUUUUGUUGUUAUUCUGUCUCUCACUGUUCAAAUAAACCUACCAUUAAAAUUAUAUACUGAUCAUGUCUUUGUCAGUGGGCAAACGUACAAAAUCAGCAUGGGAUCAAAUACUUUUUUCCCUCAAUGUAUGUGUUGUAAGAAAGCUGCUUGUGUUUCCUAGAUAGUUAUCCCGCUGUAGGGAUGGUGAGUAAGGUUUUAAGUAUGUCAGUAUGACUUCCUGUUGUAGUUGUAAACAGGAGGUGUUGUCACCCUAACACAGGCAUGUCGCCUGCCAGAAAACCCCAUGCUGUGACAGAGCACAGCUUCCACCUGGGGAGCCAUGGCAACCCUGUAAGCACCCAUAUCAACAGUCACAGUGUAGAUUACAAUACACACAAUCUCCUGUUCUAUCCACCAUUUGUCUCUCUCUUGCUCUCACAUACUCUCUCUCUCUCGAAGAGAGGCAUUUUCUCCUUCUCUGUUAAUAUAAAUAGGGUUAGGGUUAAAUAAGUAUCUAACUGGCAGUAUUUUCCCCAUGACAUCACUGGUUUUUUAGGCUCUGUCUACGGAAAGGAUCUCCAAAUAGUCAGACCUGUCCAGGAGAGGGAGAGAAAGAAGGGAAGAGAGGGAAAGAGAGAAAGAUAGAGAUGAGGAAAAUAAAGUGGUUAUUAAUGAAUUGAAGGUGUUAUUUAUUGAAUCUUAAUCAUACAGCUUGCCAGUUAGACAUGCAAGUUGGGUCAAUUCACUCAACUCAUUGUGGCAUUACUAAACUAUGAAAAGGUUGCCUCUGACCUCUGUUUUUCUCUAAAGGGAAAUUACUAAUAACACAUCCCAACACUGGCUGUAAAAUCAUUAUCAAACGGAGUGUCUGUGUGUGUUAUCUUGUUUUCUCCCUCUAGCUCUGCUCUCUAGUUCUCCCUCUAGCUCUGUCUCUGCUCUCCCUCUAGCUCUGUCUCUGCUCUCCCUCUAGCUCUGCUCUCCCUCUAGCUCUGUCUCUGCUCUCCCUCUAGCUCUGUCUCUGCUCUCCCUCUAGCUCUGCUCUCUAGUUCUCCCUCUAGCUCUGUCUCUGCUCUCCCUCUAGCUCUGUCUCUGCUCUCCCUCUAGCUCUGUCUCUGCUCUCCCUCUUAGCUCGCUUCCUCCCCAGCUGUCUCUCUCCCUCUAGCUCUGUCUCUGCUCUCCCUCUAGCUUGUCUUCUCGUCUCCCUCUGCUCUGCUCUCCCUCUAGCUCUGUCUCUGCUCUCCCUCUAGCUCUGUCCGCUCUCUCUGCUCUGCCUCUGUUCUCCCUCUAGCUCUGCUCUGCUCUCCCUCUAGCUCUGUCUCUGCUCUCCCUCUAGCUCUGUCUCUGCUCUCCCUCUAGCUCUGCUCUCUGCUCUCCCUCUAGCUCUGUCUCUGCUCUCCCUCUAGCUCUGUCUCUGCUCUCCCUCUAGCUCUGUCUCUGCUCUCCCUCUAGCUCUGCUCUCCCUCUAGCUCGCUCUCUGCUCUCUCCUCUAGCUCUGUCUCUGCUCUCUCUAGCUCUCUAGCUCUAGUGCUCCUCUAGCUGUCUCUGCUCUCCCUCUAGCUUCUUGCUCCUCACUCUGCUCUCUCCUCCCUCUAGCUCGUCUUGCUCUCCCUCUAGCUCUGUCUCUGCUCUCCCUCUAGCUCUGUCUCUCUGCUCUCCCUCUAGCUCGUCUGCUCUCCCUCUAGCUGUCUCUGCUCUCCCUCUAGCUCUGCUCUCUCUGUCUCUCCCUCUAGCCUUCUGCUCUCCUCUAGCUCUGCCUCCCUCUAGCUGUCUUGCUCCUCUAGCUCUCGCUCUCCCUCUAGCUCUCUGUCUCCUCUGCUCUCUCUCCCUCUAGCUCUGUCUCUGCUCUCCCUCUAGCUCUGUCUCCCUGCUUCUCCCCUCUCUAGCUCUGUCUCUGCUCUCCCUCUAGCUCUGCUCUCUGCUCUCCCUCUAGCUCUGUCUCUCUGCUCCUCUGCUCGUCUCUAUCCCUGCUGUCUCUGCUCUCCCUCUAGCUCUGUCUCUGCUCUCCCUCUAGCUCUGUCUCUGCUCUCCCUCUAGCUCUGUCUCUGCUUCCUCUAGCUGUCUCUGCUCUCCUGUCUCUGCUCUCCCUCUAUGUCUCUGUCUCUGCUCUCUCCCUCUAGCUCUUGUCUCUCUCCCCUCUGUCUUCUCCCCUCUAAGCUCUGUCUCUGCUCCUCCCUCUCUCUGCUUCUCUGCUCUCCCUCUAGCUCUGUCUGCUCUCCCUCUAGCUAUGCUCUCUGCUCUCCUCUGCUCUAGCUAUGUCUCUGCUCUCCGCUCUAGUCUCGCUCUCUGCUCUCCCUCUCACAUUCUGCUCUCUCUAGCUCUCUGCUCUUCCCUCUAGCUCGCUCUCUGCUCUCUCCCUCCUAGCUCGCUCUCUGCUCUCCCCUAGCUCUGUCUCUGCUCUCUCUCUAGCUCUGUCUCUGCUUCUCCUUAGCUCUCUCUGCUCUCCUCUAGCUAUGUCUCUGCUCUCCCUCUAGCUCUGCUCUCCUUACUAGUCUCUGCUCUCCUUAGCGUCUCUGCUCUCCCUCUAGUCGUCUCUCUCUCCCCCUAGUCUCUCUCUGCUUCCCUCUACUAUGUCUCUGCUCUCCCUCUAGUCUCUCUGCUUCCUGUAUAUGUCCUCUGACUCCUCUAUCAGCUCUCUGCUCUCUAGCUCGCUCUGCUUCUUUCUGCUUUAGCGUUUCGCUCUCCUAGCGUCUCUUCAGCUUUCCUCUCUAGCUGCUGCUCCUCGCUUUCCUUUUAGCUUCCCUAGACUCUCCUAGACUCUUUUUAGUCUCAUUCUAGCUUCUCUAGUUUAGCUCUCUUGCUCUCUUUACUGCUCUUACCUGCUUAUUCCUUUCUCAAUUGUCAUUUAGCAGUCUCUUACUCUCCUGUGUUGUGGGUAAUUUAUUUGUAUUUGGAUCGCCUCAGAUAUGAUACAAACCCGUUUGUACAGUCUGUUACUGUUCCUCAUGCUGAUGUUCGCUUGUGUUAAUGCACCUGGCCAGCUCUUAAUAGCUCACUUGUGCAUUGUAGAAGCCUUUACAGCCCCCCUGAAAAUAAUCUGAAUAACAUAAUAAUCCUGGUUUCCAUUGACACAUCUGAAAUCGGGCUUCCGGAUGGGACUUAAAUAAAUGCAGAUGAUCACCAAUCAGAACAAACGUUCUACCACAGCGACCAUGUUAUUUUGGAGAAACCUAUUUAGACAUAUAAAGCUUGUAUGUGAAAACUAUUUCUAAACUGACUUCAGUUUUUUACCAAUGCUGGCACAUGCACAGAUCAAAUAACCCACUGGACUGCCAAUUUAAGCUGUUUACAUGUCCUAAUAAUUUGAAAGAUUGCUCAGAAAACCAGGUGUUGUAAUCGGCGUAUGCUUACUUCGAUUUUGACCUUACGCCGAUUAAGAUAAGCAGAGUAAAGGGUGGCAAGUAGCCUAGUGGUUAACCGAAAGGUUGCUAGUUCAAAUCCCAGAGCCAACUAGGUGAAUAAUCUGUCGAUGCCCUUGAGCAAGGCACUUAACCCUAAUUGCUCCUGUAAGUCGCUCUGGAUAAAAUCUAAAUGACUAAAAUGUAAAUGUGCAUGACUAUUUCCGUACUCGGCCUACUGCCAUAAUCAGUUUAAUAUCGAAUUAUUAGUGUGCAUGUAAACGUACUCACUGACUGUAUCAGAACACCAUUAGUGGUCAUGAUGUGCUAUAGAAGGACCAUUACACAUGUAGUCUCAUUACCAGCUCUGUGAUAGCUUCCCAAAUGGCACCCUAUUCUCUUUAUAGGGCACUUCUUUUGACCAGGGCCCAUAGUGCCCUAUAUAGGGAAUAGGGUGCCAUUUGGGAUACCCCCUGUAUUUUUUUUUACACAACAUCUAGGCCAGUGGUUCCCAACCUUUUUCGGUUACUGUACCACCAAGUACAUUCUGCUCUGCCUGGAGUACUCCUGAAGUACCCCAUCAUGUGCAUUUUACCAGUAAGCCUAUGGUCUCAUGAUACUUCUCAAGUUCACCCUGUGGGUAGGCCUAGUCCUAGUACUCCUGGUUGGGAAACACUGAUCUAAGCCACUAAUAGGUGACAAACAAACUAGGCCUACACCAGAUCAGAGCAUCCUUCCUGCCAGAGGGAUGGCAUCUCUAUAAGCUUGGCGACAACAAGGCUAGGACACUGGCAGUAGGGGACAUAUUUUAAUUUAAUCCCUGCUUACUAUUGACUCUUUUGAACCAAUGCUGCUCCUCCCUGUGUGAUAACGUCUAUGUUAUCUACAUCAAUGUGCAGUCAGUUUGUGUACGUGUCGUUAUGUGUUCACAGUUCACAUGAGUGUGUUUGACUGUGUUUUGCGGUGAUGCCCACAGUGUAUGAGUUCUCUUGUGAUAACAGGUAGUGAUUUGAUAACUUGGCUGUGGCAUCUUAAAACAUGGCAAAGUCAAGGUGUGUGUGUGUUUUUGAGCGAGGUAGGGUGACUCCCACUCCGUUCCUUUGAAAUGUGUAAGCCACAAGGUCCUGAUAAGAACAGGGUUUGUACAGUCAUGGAAAUCCUGGAAAAGUCACGUAAGGUUUUCCAGGCCUGGAGAAGUUUUGGAAAAUGAUAAAAUCCGAAAAGUCAUGGAAAUUAAUGUAAUAAUUUCUGUUGUCAUUUAUUUAGGCACAGUUUUUAUUCCACUUUAGCGCGGCUGAGACAGUCAGACAUUGCAGCAGCUGGUAGGCUUAGCCUAUAAAAUAUAAUAGCGAACCGACUAACUAGGUAGCCAGUUAAAAAUGUACAGUAUCUUGUCACCUGGCUAGUUAUCUCUCUAGUUAACUGUUUAGCUAGUAUUAGCAUGUAUUCAUGUUUUCGUCAUGUCCCCAAAAACGUUCCACCAACACUCGUGAAUAAGGCCAUACAAAGUUGAUUUACUUUUUUGAACAAUUCAUAUAAUUCAUUGAAAUUAUUAUUUUUGACCAAAUUAACGAUUCAUUUUCCCAUUGUAUUAGUUGGUAUUCUGUUCAAUCGUGUUGAAUCGAAUCAUAUGAAUCAAAAUAAUAAUUUGUGAAUCGUGAACCUCAAUUUUAGGAAAAAAAUUUGAUGUUGCCUUUCUUUUGGAUUAAGUGGCUUCAAAACUUGCUUUGUACAUACCCAAAUCAACUGGAAGUAUGUAUCUAAUGUAUGUGACAUUGCAACUCAAUAGAUGCUAGUCAGCCUGCAAAGUAAACACUUAGUUAAGAUAAAUAUGACUAAACUAGAAAAGGUACAUUUCCUGAAGAAAAUGUGUGGCCCUGCUUCAGAUGAAUAAAAAGAUUUGUAACCUACCAUAGCCAUUUAAUAUUUGAUAUAUUGAAUGAAGACAUAAAACAUAUUUGGUUGUAAUGUUGCAAUGUUUUACAUCAAGGGUGGUCAGCCAUCCUCCAAGAGAGCUAAUGGGUGUGCAGGCUUUUAUUCCUGUCUCCCUCAAACAAACCACAUUUUAAAAAUGAGCGGCUCAACCAGACCUUGAUAAACUAGCUCUGAUGUGUUUGAGCAGGGUUGGAUCAAAAGCCUGCACUCCCAGUAGCUCUCCAGACUGAGGAUUGACCAUGGGUUUUAUACAGUAGCCUAACCGGUACUUUGUGGGAGAGGAGAUUUUACAUGGGAUCAGAGAGCAGCCUUCAAGUUUCAGUACCACAUUACGUUUACUUUUUUAUACAUACAUAGAGACACCGGCAAUUGUUGGUCAUAGAAAUUUGGUUAAAACCAGUUUAGGGGACUUUCUUGGUUCUGCUACCGGUUCCGACUGACAUUUUUUUGCUUAUAAAUCGACCUGUGGACACUGUAAAUUGAAAUGGCUUGCAUUGAGCAAUAGCACUGUGAUGUAGGAUGUGAAAUCUGAAACCACUUGAAGCUGGGAUAUCCCUCCUACCAUUUCAUUCGCUCUUCAGACUGUCCAACUCCUGGUUGAACCCUACGUCACAGCCACUGCCUGCAGUCAUUACAUCAUAGUGCAGCAGGAGAGAGUGGUUGCAUCACUAUAGUACAUUCAGAGAUUGAGUUAUAGCCAUUCAUCUAAAAUAAUUCAUAGAUUUUAAACAAUAAACACUUUCUGUUUGUCAUAGAUGUAGAAGAUUAAUAUAAAAUGAAAGGCAAGUUCCUAACCAGUUCAGGAGGCAGAUGUUUUGACCUUUAGAAAAUAUGCACAUUUUCUGUAACACUAAACAUACAAAUAUUUAUUUUACAAUCUUGUAGUUAGUGGCUUCAUAAUUUGAUUAUUAUAUACUUAGAAAGCAUAUGUCAUUUCAAGCCUUAUUCAUACAGUUUUGUUGAAUAGGAAAUAUUUCAUUUUCAUAUCAUAUUUGUCCUCAAAAGUGACUACACCUCAGCAAUUUACAACUAUUUUUACCAGAAAGGUGAGAUUUUAACCUUUCUUGGAGUAUGCAGCAUUAUUAGUUAUUUUUUACGGUCCUCUCAUGAUAAAUAAAUACUUUCAGGGGAUUACGUGGAUUACAUGUAGUUACAUUUAAAAGUUAAGUCAUGGACAAGUCAUGAAAUUCCAUCUGUCAAAAUGUGUAUGAACUCUGUAAGAAAUAGUAGACAUGGAGACUGAACACUCCUUAAGGGCACCAGCUAAUGUCAGCCCAAUGCCAUAGAAACAGAAGGUUAUAAACACAAAAUACAACACAGGGUGUUUCCAUUCCAGUCUAGCUGCAGACAUGGCCUUCUAGUUCUAUGAUGAGGGUCAUAGUCUUUGGCUGGGAUGGCUGAGACCAAUCUCAAUGUUAGAGAGAAAGUUGUCAGAAGGUAACGAGAUUGAAAGUUGAGAAAGUAAUCAAAAAAAGACGACACUGUGGCCCAGGUCCAAUCAGCUGGGUGACUCGGGAGAGACUGGGAGGAGGGAUGGAGAGAAUGGAAGGGAGGGAUGGAGGGAUAGAAGAUGUGGAGAUGGUGUGCUGUAAGGAUACACUCUAUGUUGGGAUUUAGGCUAAUUGUUUUUCUCUGACUAUUGACUAAUGAGCAGCUCUCUCAAAUUGAAUUUGUGUGGAAUCCAUAAAAUAGUCACAACAGCAAACACCAGUCCCUUGUUUGCACUGUGUGUGUGUGUGUGUGUGUCUGCCCUUGUCUGCAUACCAUUGAGAGAGUUGGGAGGUGAGCGAGAAUGCGUAGGCUAAUUUAACUUUUUUCUGUUGACGAGAGAGCUGAUCACUGAAGCCUGUGAAAGAAACUAAAGUGAGAGAGUAGGAGAGCAAGAGUGCUUGGACGGAGGAGAGGACGAAGGAGAGUCUAGCAGGACUGGCAUGGAGGGGAGGGGGCUGGCCCGGCCCAGUGAAAGAUGUGGUGUCUGUAAGUGUCUUGUCCAGAAGGAUGACUGUUUGAAGCCGUAGAGGAGGGUUGUGAUGGUCAGUGUGUGUUCUGUGACCUCUGACCCCCAUGUUCUGGGUAGUUGCUAAUUGGCUCCAGAUGUUGGAGCGUUGGACAGCCAUACUGGCUAAUGUCUGUUAGUCAAAUGCAUGUGGGAUGUACAGUUGAAGUCGGAAGUUUUCAUACACCUUAGCCAAAUACAUUUAAACUCAGUUUUUCACAAUUCCUGACAUUUAAUCCUAGUAAAUAUUCCCUGUCUUAGGUCAGUUAGGUUCACCACUUUAUUUUAAGAAUGUGAAAUGUCAGAAUAAUAGUAGAGAGAAUUAUUUAUUUCAGCUUUUAUUUCCUUCAUCACAUUCCCAGUGGGUCAGAAGUUUACAUACACUCAGUUAGUAUUUGGUAGCAUUGCCUUUCAAUUGUUUAACGUGGGUCAAAUGUUUCGGGUAGCCUUCCACAAGCUUCCCACAAUAAGUUGGGUGAAUUUUGGCCCAUUCCUCCUGACAGAGCUGGUGUAACUGAGUCAGGUUUGUAGGCCCCCUUGCUCGCACACGCCUUUUCAGUUCUGCCCACACAUUUUCUUUAGGAUUGAGGUCGGGGCUUUGUAAUGGCCACUCCAAUACCUUGACUUUGUUGUCCUUAAGCCAUUUUGCCACAACUUUGGAAGUAUGCUUGGGGUCAUUGUUCAUUUGGAAGACCCAUUUGUGACCAAGCUUUAACUUCCUGAAUGAUGUCUUGAGAUGUUGCUUCAAUAUAUCCACAUAAUUUUCCUUCCUCAUGAUGCCAUCUAUUUUGUGAAGUGCACCAGUCCCUCCUGCAGCAAAGCACCCCCACAGCAUGAUGCUGCAACCCCCGUGCUUCACGGUUGGGAUGGUGUUCUUCGGCUUGCAAGCACCCCCUUUUUCCUCCAAACAUAACGAUGGUCAUUAUUGCCAAACAGUUCUAUUUUUGUUUCAUCAGACCAGAGGACAUUUCUCCAAAAAUUACGAUCUUUGUCCCCAUGUGCAGUUGCAAACCGUAGUCUGGCUUUUUUUAUGGCGGUUUUGGAGCAGUGGCUUCUUCCUUGCUGAGCGGCCUUUCAGGUUAUGUCGAUUAUAGGACUCGUUUUACUGUGGAUAUAGAUACUUUUGUACCUGUUUCCUCCAGCAUCUUCAUAAGGUCCUUUGCUGUUGUUCUGGGAUUGAUUUGCACUUUCCGCACCAAAGUACGUUCAUUUCUAGGAGACAGAACGCGUCUCCUUCCUGAGCGGUAUGACGUCUGCGUGGUCCCAUGGUGUUUAUACUUGCAUACUAUUGUUUGUACAGAUGAACAUGGUACCUUCAGGCGUUUGGAAAUUUCUCCCAAGGAUGAACCAGACUUGUGGAGGUCUACAAUUUUUUUCCUGAGGUCUUGGCUGAUUUAUUUUGAUUUUCACAUGAUGUCAAGCAAAGCGGCACUGAGUUUGAAGGUAGGCCUUGAAAUACAUCCACAGGUACACCUCCAAUUGACUCAAAUUAUGUCAAUUAGCCUAUCAGAAGCUUCUAAAGCCAUGACAUCAUCAUUUUCUGGAAUUUUCCAAUCUGUUUAAAGGCAAAGUCAACUUAGUGUAUGUAAACUUCUGACCCACAGGAAUUGUGAUACUGUGAAUUAUAAGUGAAAAUAAACUGUAUGUAAACAAUUGUUGGAAAAAUUACUUGUGUCAUGCAGAAAUGUAGAUGUCCUAACCGACUAGCCAAAACUAUAGUUUGUUAACAAGAAAUAUGUGGAGUGGUUGAAAAACAAGUUUUAAUGACUCCAACCUAAGUGUAUGUAAACUUCCGACUUCAACUGUAUGUUACAGCACUUUGACUUAUCAUUUGCUGUAAACCAGGACUAAAAUAAUUGGUCUAUGGCAUAAUAAAGAUGUAUUUGAUUGAAUGUUUGGAACAUAAUAAUGUAUCUCAUUUGUGGCUUAUCUUGGCUGUGAAGUAUCUUAAUGGAUUAUUAGGCCUACCAUAUGCGUGCUGAUAUCUUGAGAAAUGCAUCCUUAGGAAGUGAGCAACGUUAAUUUUUUUAUUAAAUUUUUUUGGGGGGGGUAGAUCAGCUUAUAUUGUUGGGUAAAUAUAUACACUACCAGUCAAAAGUUUGGACACACCUACUCAUUCAAGGCUUUUUCUUAAUUUUUUUACUAUUUUCUACAUUGUAGAAUAAUACUGAAGACAUCAUAACUAUGAAAUAACACAUAUGGAAUCAUGUAGUAUCCAAAGAAGUGUUAAACAAAUCAAAAUAUGCUGCAAAUUGCUGCAAAGAAGCCACUACUUAAGGACACCAAUAAUAAGAAGAGACCUGCUUGGGCCAAGAAACAUGAGCAAUGGACAUUAGACUGGUGGAAAUGUGUCCUUUGGUCUGGAGUCCAAAUUGGAGAUUUUUGGUUCCAACCGUCGUGUCUUUGUGAGACGCGGUGUGGGUGAACGGAUGAUCUCUGCAUGUGUAUUUCCCACCGUAAAGCAUGGAGGAGGAGGUGUUAUGGUGUGUGGGUGCUUUAACCAGCAUGGCUACCACAGCAUUCUGCAGCGAUACGCCAUCCCAUCUGGUUUGGGCUUAUUGGGACUAUCAUUUGUUUUUCAACAGGACAAUGACCCAACACACCUCCAGGCUGUGUAAGGGGUAUUUUACCAAGAAGGAGAGUGAUGGAGUGUUGCAUCAGAUGACCUUGCCUCCACAAUCCCCUGACCUCAACCCAAUUGGGAUGGUUUGGGAUGAGUUGGACCGCAGAGUGAAGGAAAAGCAGCCAACAAGUGCUCAGCAUAUGUGGGAACUCCAUCAAGACUGUUGGAAAAGCAUUCCACGUGAAGCUGGUUGAGAGAAUGCCAAGAGUUUGCAAAGCUGUCAAGGCAAAGGGUGGCUAUUUGAAGAAUCUAAAAUAUAUUUAGAUUUUUUAAACACUUUUUUGGUUACUACAUGAUUACAUAUGUGUCAUUUCAUAGUUUUGAUGUCUUCACUAUUAUUCUACAAUGUAGAAAAUAGUAAAAUAAAGAAAUACCCUUGAAUGAGUAGGUGUGUCCAAACUUUUGACUGGUAGUGUAUAUAUACACUACCAGUCAAAAAUAUGUGAGAUGCUGCCAUCACCAGGACAUUAAUUGGUGUAGCCUGACACCUUGUGGCAAAAAUUUACAAGUGCAAUUGUAUUGUGAUUCUGCAAUAAACCUGUCUAAAAAUCUGAAAUCCCCUAAUCUCAGAAUAUCAAUCCCUGCCUUUAGAAAGUUUCAGAUGAUCCCUAACUUGAUACCAGAGGAAUUAGUGCGCUAAUCUACAUAUACAUGUUCUAGAUUGAUCCAGUGUGAUGUGUAACAGUCAGUGUUUUAAUGAAGUGAUCUUGUAGAGUGAUUGUGAUCUAUCUGUAGCCUAUAUUCCCCUCUGUCCUCCUGUGAUCAAUUAUUAAUAAUGACCUCUGUAGAGAUAAUCCUGCCUGAUCCUAAUUUAUCCUUUCAUCUCUCCCCCACCCCUUUUCUUCCCUUCUAUCUCCCCGUCUCCCUCAUUGUCCCUCUCUUUUCUCCUGUUCAAUCUCCCCAUUUGUUUCUCCUCCUUUCCCUCAUUCUCUCGUCCUCCCUCCGCCCCCCCCCCCCCCUCUGUACAGAAUAUCAAACGACUGAUUCCUGAUGAGGUAGGUUGUUUGUGAUCCAACAUCAUCUCAGUGAUCUGAUCAGUGUCUUGGUUGCAUCUCAUCUCACCUUACCCUGUAGCCCACCACUAACCCCCUGCCCCUCCAUUCAUCCAUACCAGCCUGAUUGUUACACUAACACCCCAUAAUAACACAGCCAUGUAGUUGUCUGUACUACUCACGCUGGUUGGUUCAACACAUGUUGGACGGCGCAUGUGUUACCUACCUGUCUGCCUCCCUGGCUCCCCCCUUGCCAGCUACCUCUGUGUCCUGUGAAAACCUAGCCUGUCCCUAACCCUAAUGGGCCAUCACCAUGCUUCACACAGCUGCUGUGUCAUUGUGCAGCUUACUUGCCAGUGCUCUGGUGUCCCUGCACUGUCAUCUUGACACUGUCUGCAGCUAUACAGGCAACAAUCAAUGCUACACACUAGAAUGAGAUGAAGGAGGAUUGGACAGACCUUGUCAUAACUCUUUGGAGGCAACUGGGAUGUUCAUGAUAUCACUCUGAUCCUGCUUCAUCUUACUCACAUAUGAAUUGAGUACUCUGUCAGCUCCAGCCAAGGUGUUUCAGAGUGAUAUUUAGUCAUCGAUGAUGCCUGAAUGUCCACUGGAGUCUAAUGCCCAAUCCCAAAUCAACCCUGACCUUGCCCCGACCUAUCCAAUCCAAGGGGUCAGGUUGAUCUGGAAUAACCCUAAUAUCUCCCUGUGUGACCUCUGACCCCUGGCAUUUGACCCCCUGCAGUUGGAGCGCUUCACCAGCAUGAGGAAGAAGGACAAGGAGAAGCCUCAUGCGCCUGCUCAGCGCUACUCCAACGCUGCCCACUACGAGGUGCCUGCCCAGGGGACCAUGCUGCACGACCACCCUGAUGAAUACGUCCUGGAACUCUUCGAACAGAUGCUGGUGAGAGAAAGGGUCAAACAAAGAGAUACUGUCUUUGUAGAGGCUGGUGGGAGAGAGGGUUAAAUACAGAGAUACUGACUUUGUAGAGGCUGGUGGGAGAGAGGGUUAAAUACAGAGAUACUGACUUUGUAGAUGCUGGUGGGAGAGAGGGUUAAAUACAGAGAUACUGACUUUGUAGAUGCUGGUGGGAGAGAGAAAGGAUAAGGAUAAGGAUGUGUGGACUGAGUGUGUGUGUGAACUGUAGGCUCUUUUGGGAUGCUCACUCUACGAUCUCUCUCUCUCCCCCUCCCCAGGUGGAUAUGAACUUGAAUGACGAGAAGCAGCGGCCUCUGCGGGCAAAAGACAUCUCCAUCAAACGAGAGAUGGUUUCUCAAUACCUCCACACAUCUAAAGCUGUGAGUAACAAAGGUUGUGUUACUGGGAUAACAGUAGACUUAGGACAGCGGUAACUUGUCCUCUAUAUAUGCUCAAUAUACUAAUACCGUGUGUGUGUGAUAGGGUCAGAGCCAGAAGGAAUGCUCCAAGUCAGCCAUAAUGUACAUCCAGGAGCUGAGGACGGAGCCCAGAGACGCACAGCUCCUGGGCUGUCUGGAGUCACUCCGGGUCUCCCUCAACAACAACCCUGUCAGCUGGGUGCAGAACUUUGGAGACGAGGGCCUGGCUCUGCUGCUCAACAUCAUGAAGAAGAUCCAGGAGGAGAAGGACGAGUACCCGUAAGAUAUCAACACCAUCUUACCCCUUGAACCCAUUACCUUCUGCAAUAGAUUUUCAUUCUGCAAUAGAUUUGCAAGUCACCUGUUUUGUAUGUAAACCGUUGCCCAUGCAGUAACACACCUUUCUCUCUCUCUUCUCUCCUCCUGUCAUAUAGGAAUAUGGGAGUGAAGUGUCAACAUGAGAUUGUGCGCUGUCUCAAAGCCUUCAUGAACAACAAAUAUGGUCUGAAGGCCAUGUUGACGUCUCCCGAGGGUAUCCCUCUGCUGGUCCGAGCCAUCAACCCCAGAGUUCCUCACAUGAUGGUGGACGUGGUCAAACUGCUCUCGGCCAUCUGCAUCCUGGAACAACCUGACAACCUGUAAGUGUGUGUGUGUGGGAGAGUGAGACUGUGUGUGUGUGUGUGUGUGUGUGUGUGGGAGAGGGAGACUGUAUGUGUGUAUACAAAACAUUAGGAACACCUGCUCUUUCCAUGAUAUCGACUGACCAGGUAAAUCCAGGUGAAAGCUAUGAUCCCUUAUUGAUGUCACUUGUUAAAUCCACUUCAAUCAGUGUAGAUGAAGGGGAGGAGACAGGUUAAAGAAGGAUUUUUAAGCCUUGAGACAAUUGAGACAUGGAUUGUGUAUGUGUGCCAUUCAGAGGGUGAAUGGACAAGACAAAAUAUUGAAGUGCCUUUGAACGGGGUAUGGUAGUAGGUGCCAGGCGCACCGGUUUGAGUGUGUCAGGAACUGCAACGUUUUUCACGCUCAACAGUUUCCUGUGUGUAUCAAGAAUGGUCCACCACUCAAAGGACAUCCAGCCAACUUGACACAACUGUGGGAAGUAUUGGAGUCAACAUGGGCCAGCAUCCCUGUGGAACGCUUUCGACAACUUGUAGAGUCCAUGCCCCGACGAAUUGAGGCUGUUCUGAGGGCAAAAGGCGGGGUGAAACUCAAUAUUAGGAAAGUGUUAUUAAUGUUUGGUGUAAUCAGUGUGUGUGUGUGUGUGUAAGUUUCUGUGUAUUAAUGUGUGUAACUCUCUCUCUAGUCAUGAGCGUGUUCUGGAGGCCAUCACUGAGGAGGCAGAGAAGCAGGAUAUUGAGCGGUUUCAGCCACUUCUCUCCGGUAUGAACAAGCCCAACAUCGCCCUGAAGAAUGGCUGUAUGCAACUCAUCAACGCUCUCAUCAGUCGAGGAGAAGAGCUGGACUACAGGAUCCACAUCCGCUCAGAACUACUGAGACUGGGCCUACGAGACCUGCUGACUGUGAGUCUCACACACACACACACUAACUCUCAAACUUAUUCUGAACCAUUGGAAACUGAUGUUUAUCUUGAAGUUCAGGGCUGUGGUGAGUUGUAUUGACCCCCCUUUACUUCUCCCCUGUAGGAGAUUCGGACCAUUGAGAAUGAGGAGCUGAGGGUGCAGCUCAGUGUUUUUGACGAGCAGGCUGAGGAUGACUCUGAAGAACUCCAGGCCCGCCUCAAUGACGUGCGCAUCGAGAUGGAAUAUCCUUCCGCUUCAGAGAGGCUCAAAUAGUCCCUCUACAUAGGGCACCUUGUUCAGAUGUCACAGUGAUAGGAGUUUAUAGUAUGGCUGUGUCAAAUAGCACCCUAUUCCCUGUAUGUUCCUUCUGUUUAUCAGGGCCUGUAGGGUAGUGCACUAUAUAACGAAUAAGGCACCCUAUUACACAGUAAGUUGAGGCCCCGACUGAGACUCUUCUUUUUAAACGUCACUGUCCACCAGGUGGCUCCAAGGUGCCAUAAUAAUUUCUCACACAAAAACAAGGAUUUCCACAGUGCUUUUAUUUUACCUUAAUUGAUUUGGUUCUGAUACAUUUGAUCACAGUUAUAAAUUGAUAAGGAACGGACUAAAGUUUUAUAUCAAACUGUUAAACAGCUUUGAGCUCUUUGGCUUUUACAUUUGUAUAUUGCUUCAUAUACAUUGACCACUGCAUAUACAUUGACUACUCCUGCAUAUUUAAGGAGGAUCAUUAGCAUUGUCACUAAACAGAAUAAUAUAUAUUUGUAGUAACAGCAGAAUUUUUCAGUGUUGAUGCUGUGAAUUAUUACUUUUUCUUCCUAUUUCCAGCCACAGGGGGUCUGUCUCUUCUACCUCAUGUUUCAUCAUAGAGAUGAAUACUUGUCUUCUCUCCUGACUCUUUCUCUCCUGUCUCUUUCUCUCAUGACUCUUUCUCUCCUGACUCCUUCUCUCAUUGAUAUCAUUGAAUGACAUACCAGAAAAAAAGUUAGCAAAGUUUUUGUACUAGGGUAAAUUGUGUUCCAUUGGCCCCUCUGACCCCUCAUGUGGUUGUAGUCCUUAACCGUGCGGUCCUACUGACGUGAUGGAGGUGUUCCAGAUCGUGAUGAACACGGUCAAAGACUCCAAGGCUGAAACACACUUCCUGUCUCUGAUGCAGCACCUGCUGCUGAUCCGCAAUGACUACAUGGUCAGGUAAGGGAAUGGACUUCAACACACACAUACACUGUAACCGAAAAGGUCAUUGGUUGGAACCAGGAGCCGACAAUGUGAAAGAUGUUAUGUUGCCCUUGACCAAAGCACUUCUUCCUAACUGAUCCAGGGUAGCUGGAAACAUGGCUAGCCCUAACUGUGACCACACUCUCCGAUUUCCACUCACUCAGGUACACACACCUAUAACCUUUACUCUGACCCUGGCCUUCUGUCUCUGCUCUACCACCAUGUGACUCAGAAUAGAUGUUGUUGUGAUGACCCUCCCUACACCUCACCCUCCACCCUCCACUCCACUCACCCUCCACCCUCCCCUCCCCUCACCCUCCACUCCACUCACCCUCCACCCUCCCCUCACCCUCCACUCCACUCACCCUCCACCCUCCCCUCCCCUCACCCUCCAUCCCCCUCACCCUCCCUACACCUCACACUCCACUCACCCUCCACCCUCCCCUCACACUCAGCCCCCUCACACUCAUUCCCCUCACCCUCCACUCCACUCACCCUCCACCCUCCCCUCCCCUCACCCUCCAUCCCUCUCACACUCAGCCCCCUCACACUCAUCCCCCUCACCCUCCACUCCCCUCACCCUCCACCGCCCCUCACCCUCCACCGCCCCUCACCCUCCACUGCUCCUCACCCUGCUCCUCACCCUCCACCUCCCCUCCACCUCCCCUCACCCUCCAUAUCCCUCACCCUCCAUAUCCCUCACCCUCCACCUCCCCUCACCCUCCACCUCCCCUCACCCUCCACUCCACUCCCCUCACCCUCCACCUCCCCUCACCCUAGAAUGUCAAACAGUGACCUCCCCUCACCCUCCAGUCCACUCCCCUCACCCUCCACCCCCCUCACCCUCACCCCUCACCCUCCACCUCCCCUUCACCCUCCACCUCCCCUCACCCUCCACCGCCCCUCACCCUCCACCGCCCCUCACCCUCCACCUCCCCUCACCCUCCAUAUCCCUCACCCUCCACCUCCCCUCACCCUCCACUCCCCUCACCCUCCACUCCCCCCUCACCCUAGAUUGUCAAACAGUGACUGACUCUGACACACGGACAGAUAGUUAAACAUACAACAUGAACAGUCCAUUUGUGAAAUAUUAACUUAAUUGGUCUUCAGUCUAAGACGCAUUUUCAUGAAAAUAUAGCACACUAAUCACAAGCUUAUCAGCAAGUUUGUGAUUUUUAACCUUUAAAUAAACGGACACUAGAUGUCUCUCUCCCUCCACGGAUGAAUCUGAGUUUGAAAAAAUAGUGUCAAAUGAAGGAGAGACUGGAGGAAGGGAGGGGGUAGAGUGCAAGAGUUGGGGAAUAAAUAAAGUAUUGUGUUUUUGACUGAAGGAGUGUCACAGAAUCAGACACCUCCUAAAUUGAGUGUGUGUGAAUCCAACUAUAUACACACACACACACACACACACAUAUAUACUCUGACACUCCUAUACCCUGAGAUGAAGACUAAGUGCCACUCAUAUUGUCACAGUUUCAUAUGGACACCUGCACUCCCAUACACUCACAGAUACACUUGAAUGCAUGUAUGCACACACGGGCCCAGACAUUCUCCCACACAUUUGGAAUCUGCAUAUACCCAUAUCCUCUCUUUCUAUUCCAUCCAUCUCCCAGAUUUACGUUCGAUUCACUUUCUCUCUCUCCCUCUUUCUUGCUCUCAAAGUUUAACUUAAUGCAACUUUUCUCUGUUCAUUGUCUUCAACACACGCACACACACACACACACACACACACACACACACAAUUACAUAGAUCCUCUCUCUGUCUUCCAGGCCCCAGUACUACAAGCUGAUAGAUGAAUGUAUAGCUCAGAUCGUGUUGCACAGGAACGGAGCCGACCCUGACUUCAAGUGCCGCAAUCUCAGCCUGGACGUUGAGGGGUUAAUUGGUAAGAACCAUACACACCAUAGAAUACACACAUGGAACAGUUACCCAACAAGCCUGCUGUUCUAUAACCACCACAAGGGUGAACCAGAGAUGGACUGUAUUUAGCUCCAGAGGUGGGGUUGUAUCAUUGUAGUGAUUGUAACCAUAGUGUAGUCUUACAACUUGGUGCAUAGAGAACAUGGAACCAGCCAACAGAACAACAGCCCAAAAAGCAGGAGAACCGGUGUGAUUGUUGUCUCCCUCUAUUGUUCAGUCCCCAGACCAGACCAAAGGCGCUUGUUGUCUCAGCUCACAGCUGCAGUCUACAAUAGCUCUCUCUUUCGUUCUCUCGCUCUCUCUCUGCAGGAGGCUGAUUGCACUGCUUCUAAAUGCGUACACACACGCGUGCACGCUCUGGCCUCCUUUAAUGCUGCCAUUAUUAUCGGUGGAAAGCAGCCCAAUCCUGCCCUGCAUGCAUUAUUUAGGGGUUUUCUUUGAACUCUGGAAAUUGUGCACACAGGUUUUUUUCUCUUCUUCUCUUUCUGUUAGAGGCUUGUCCCAUUUAGCCCUGCUCUGAUGACACGAACAACAACACAACUGCUGCCUCGCGUCACUGGUGUUUCUCGUCUUCUCUCCCAUUGACUAUUUUCUAUCCAUCCUUCUGUCUCCUCGCCUCUCUUACUUUUCUCACCUUUCUCUUCUUUUCUUUACCUGUUGUCUCAACUUAAUCUUUCUCUUCUGCUGUUUCUGGAUUAGUCUCUCUCUCUCUCUCUCUCUCUCUCUGUCUCUCUUACUCACACUCUCUCUCUCUCUCUCUCUGUCUCUCUCUCUGUGUGUCUCUCUUACUCACUCUCUCUCUGUCUCUCUCUCUCUGUCUCUCUGUCUCUCUCUCUGUGUCUCUCUCUCUGUCUCUCUCUCUCUGUCUCUCUGUCUCUGUGUCUGUCUCUCUCUCUGUCUCUCUCUCUCUCUCUCUAUCUCUCUCUCUGUCUCUCUGUCUCUCUUACUCACUCUCUCUCUCUCUCUCUGGUCUCUCUCUCUGUCUCUCUCUCUGUCUCUCUCUCUCUCAUCCUCUCUCUCUCUCUCUCGCUCUCUCUCUCUCUCUGUGUGUCUCUCUUACUCACUCUCUCUCUGUCUCUCUCUCUCUGUCUCUCUGUCUCUCUCUCUGUGUCUCUCUCUCUGUCUCUGUCUCUCUGUCUCUGGUGUCUCUCUCUUCUCUGUCUCUCUGUCUUCUCUCUCUCUCUGUCUCUCUUACUCACUCUCUCUCUCUCUCUCUCUCUCUCUCUCUCUCUCUCUCUCUCUCUCUCUCUGUCUCUCUUACUCACUCUCUCUCUCUCUCUCUCUCUCUCUCUCUCUCUCUCUCUCUCUCUUCUCUCUCUCUCUCUCUCUCUCUCUCUCUCUCUCUCUCUCUCUCUCUCUCUCUCUCUCUCUCUCUCUCUCUCUCUCUGUUCUUUAGACGCCAGACUGAUAGGUCUACAAUCCUCUCUCUGGCUCUAUCUCUGUCUCUACAUCUCUCUCCUCUCUCUCUCCUCCUCUCUCGGCUUCUAUCUCGUCUCUGCUCCCGCUGAUCUCUCGUCCUCUCUCUCUCUGACUAGCUGCCUCUCCUGUGGUAGGGGGAGAGCGCACAGACGGAGGAAGACAAGCGAUGAGACGUGAUAGUCGACUGGCACUCGAAGCGUCUGAACAGCUCAAUGAGGGGAGAAGCGAGAAGCGAGGAAGAGAGAAGACAGAGGGCGAAGAGAGAGAAGGAGGCAGAGAACGCGAGGGAAGAAGAGCAGAAGAGGAGAGAGGAAGCGGGGAAACGAGGAGAAGAAGGAAGAAAGGGAGAAGAGAGAGAAGAAGCGGAAGAGACAGCGCAAGCCAGACGAGGAGAAGAAGAGAAGAAAGAGGGAAGCAGCGAGCAAAGGAGCCGAAAAGAAGAUAGGACAGUAGAAGGGCGCAGGGAAGCCCGAGCGAAAGGAAGAAUCGCAAGACUAUUACAGAAUGCCGAAGCGCAAAAGCGCGAAGAGAGCAGCCGAGGGCAGAAGGGCUCAUCUAUCAAAACAGAAGAAGACAGUUCUCCCCCGAAUAUAAACCCCCUUCCCCCACUUAAGACUUUAUCAUUAAUCCCUACCAUUACUAUCUCAUCCUCCUUUCCUCUGCUCCAUCCUCCUUUCCUCCUGCUCUCAUCCCUCCUUUCCUCCUCUCAUCCCUCUUCUCCUCCUCUCAUCCCUCUCUCCUCCUCUCAUCCCUCUUCUCCUCCUCUCAUCCCUCUCUCCGUCUCUCCACAGACAACAUGGUGGACAAGACCAAGGUGGAAUCCAGUCAAGCCAAGGCCAUAGACCUUGAGAAGAAGGUGAAACACACACACACAGAGGAUUGUAAUGAGAUUCUCUCCCUGACACAACUAGCAGUCUAAAUGAGAAAGAGACGAAUGAGAGAAUGAGUACACACGGCUGACUGCUUCCUAAUGGAGUACACACACACACACACACACACUAGAUGAGGGCUAAGUGUUUUGGUUGCGUGUUUUUUUUUUUUUUCCCCAUUAUGAGUCUGACAGGAUAAUUGCAAACAGUGAGCUGAAACUAUCCCCAUCUCAGACACACACACACACACGCUGACAUUCUGUCCCAUUAAAUGAAAACACACGUAAACAUACCCAUUCUCUGCAAAUAUGGACAAUCACACUCAGUCUCUGCCGCUAACACACGGUCACGCACACACACACACACACGUUGGUUGAUAUGGUAAUUGCUGGCAGGAUAAGACUGUCAGAAAGAGGAGGACAUCUAUUGUCUGCAAGUUAAACACCAAACCAGCUGCGUGUGACUGUGUGUGUGUGACUGUGUGUGUGUGUUCUCUCCAGUGUAGCUGGACACUAAGCUCUUUUUAACCCUGUAAUCUCAUGUUGCUCAAUAACUAGAUACUGAGCCCAGAUUGCCUUUAACCCUUUAUAUACUGUUUCUAUCGAACUCUUUGUCCUCAUGCAGAGUUGACUGUAUAAUAAUAAAUAAUGAGAAUAAUUUAGUUUGUGCUUAUAUUUUUCCUAUAUAACACAUGUGCAAGUGUGUAUAACAUGUGUGAAUUGAAAAUGUGUUUUUGCAUAUCCCAACUCCCCCUGAGACACCCUCGGAGAGUGGGGUCACGGCCAGGAUCUGCCGUUAUCAACGGCGACCCUGGAGCAAUUAUGGUUAAGUGCCUUGCUGGAUGCAGAGCUGACUGUGUGUGUUCUCUCCUGUAGCUGGAUGCAGAGCUGACUGUGUGUGUUCUCUCCUGUAGCUGGAUGCAGAGCUGACUGUGUGUGUUCUCUCCUGUAGCUGGAUGCAGAGCGGACUGUGUGUGUUCUCUCCUGUAGCUGGAUGCAGAGCUGACUGUGUGUGUUCUCUCCUGUAGCUGGAUGCAGAGCUGACUGUGUGUGUUCUCUCCUGUAGCUGGAUGCAGAGCUGACUGUGUGUGUUCUCUCCUGUAGCUGGAUGCAGAGCGGACUGUGUGUGUUCUCUCCUGUAGCUGGAUGCAGAGCGGACUGUGUGUGUUCUCUCCUGUAGCUGGAUGCAGAGCUGACUGUGUGUGUUCUCUCCUGUAGCUGGAUGCAGAGCUGACUGUGUGUGUUCUCUCCUGUAGCUGGAUGCAGAGCUGACUGUGUGUGUUCUCUCCUGUAGCUGGAUGCAGAGCGGACUGUGUGUGUUCUCUCCUGUAGCUGGAUGCAGAGCUGACUGUGUGUGUGUGUGUUCUCUGCUGUAGCUGGAUGCAGAGCUGACUGUGUGUGUGUGUGUUCUCUCCUGUAGCUGGAUGCAGAGCUGACUGUGUGUGUUCUCUCCUGUAGCUGGAUGCAGAGCUGACUGUGUGUGUUCUCUCCUGUAGCUGGAUGCAGAGCUGACUGUGUGUGUUCUCUCCUGUAGCUGGAUGCAGAGCUGACUGUGUGUGUGUGUUCUCUCCUGUAGCUGGAUGCAGAGCUGACUGUGUGUGUUCUCUCCUGUAGCUGGAUGCAGAGCUGACUGUGUGUGUGUGUGUUCUCUCCUGUAGCUGGAUGCAGAGCUGACUGUGUGUGUUCUCUUCUGUAGCUGGAUGCAGAGCUGACUGUGUGUGUGUGUUCUCUGCUGUAGCUGGAUGCAGAGUUGACGGCGCGUCAUGAGCUGCAGGUAGAGCUGAAGAAGAUGGAAGGAGAUUAUGAACACAGAGUUCAGGAGCUGGCUGCUGAGAAGGAGACUCUGGGCUCUGAGAAACAGGAGAGAGAGGCAGAGAACCAGACUCUACUGGGGCAGAUCAACACACUCAAUGAGCAGGUACACACACUCACACAGAGAGAACACUUUAGUCAUUUAGCAGACACUCUUAACCAGAGCGACUUAGUUAGUGCAUUCAUCUUAAGAUAGCGAUGUGAAAACCCAGAGCUCAAAGUUGUAUUACUCUACCAAUAGGAACAGAGUAGAAAACUCCCCUUGACCAAUAUGAGUAGAGGGGAAAGUCACGAGCUCCAAGUAGCUCAGAGAAAGUGGUCCACUCAACUGACACAGAGAGAGAUGGGAGGAAAAGAGGUGUACCUGUCAGAAUCCUGGUGCUAGGCCAGCUGGCCCCUGUACCAUCUGAAACACACUCACAUUUUAUUUGUCACAUACGCCGAAUACAACAGGUGUAGACCUUACAGGGAAAUGCUUACUUACAAGCCCUUAACCAACAAUGCAGUUUUAAUAAAGAAUACCAAAAAAAAAUCACACACAAAAAGACAAUAUAAAAUAAUACUAAAUAAAAGUAACAAAUAAUUAAAGAGCAGCAGUAAAAUAACAGUAGGGAGGCUAUAUACAGGGGGUACCGGUACAGAGUCAAUGUGCGGGGGCACUGGUUAGUCGAGGUAAUUGAGGUAAUAUGUACAUGUAGGUAGAGUUAUUACUAUACAUAGAUAAUAAACAGAGAGUAGCAGCAGCGCGGAAGAGGGGUGGUGGGGGAGGGGGGUGGACGACAAUGCAAAUAGUCCAGGUAGCCAUUUGAUUAGAUGUUCAGGAGUCUUAUGGUUUGGGGCUAGAAGCUGUUUCGAAGCCUCUUGGACCUAGACUUGGCGCUCCGGUACCGCUUUCCGUGCGGUAGCAGAGAGAACAAUCUAUGACUAGGGUGGCUGAAGUAUUUGACCAUUUUUAGGGCCUGGAUGGCAGGAAGCUUGGCCCCAGUGAUGUACUGGGCCGUACACACUACCCUCUGUAGUGCCUUGCGGUCGGAGGCCGAGCAGUUGCCAUACCAGGCAGUGAUGCAACCAGUCAGGAUGCUCUCGAUGGUGCAGCUGUAGAACCUUUUGAGGAUCUGAGGACCCAUGCCAAAUCUUUUCAGUCUCCUGAAUAGGUUUUGUCAUGCCCUCUUCAUGACUGUCUUGGUGUGCAUGCACCAUGAUAGUUUGUUGGUGAUAUGGACACCAAGGAACUUGAAGCUCUCAACCUGCUCCACUACAGCCCCGUCGAUGAGAAUGGGGGUGUGCUCGGUCCUCUUCUUUUUCCUGUAGUCCACAAUCAUCUGUGUGUGUGUCCGCUUAAGUAUGUGUCUUACAGAUCCACACAGACCUUGACAGGUCCCUUCCCCAACAGGCUGAGGCCAGCAGAAUCAUCUCAUGGUCUCUCACACACGUCCAACUGGCUGUCCCCACAUCAACACACACAUCAAAGACCCUCGUCGACAGAUCAUUCACUCCCCCCUGCGUUUGACACUCAGCCCCAUCAGAGUCUUCAUAUGUAGAGAUCACACACACACACACUCAUUAGAAAUCCAGAGAAAGCAGUCUUCUCUCAUGGUGUAUUAGUAUAUUUAUCUUUCAGGCUUAAAAUCUCCUCUAUUGAAAUAUCUAUUUUCCUCUCCCCAUCUCUCUCUCUCUCUCUCUCUCUCUCUCCCUCUCUCUCCCCGUCUCGCUCUCUCUCCCCGUCUCGCUCUCUCUCCCCGUCUCGCUCUCUCUCCCCGUCUCGCUCUCUCUCCCCGUCUCGCUCUCUCUCCCCGUCUCGCUCUCUCUCCCCGGCUCGCUCUCUCUCCCCGUCUCUCGCGCUCUCUCCCCGUCUCUCGCUCUCUCUCCCCAUCUCUCGCUCUCUCUCCCCAUCUCUCGCUCUCUCUCCCCAUCUCUCGCUCUCUGUCCCCAUCUCGCUCUCUGUCCCCAUCUCGCUCUCUGUCCCCAUCUCGCUCUCGCUCUCUGUCCAUAUCUCUCUCUCCAUCUUGCUCUCGCUCCCCCAUCUCGCUCUCUCUCUGGCCCCAUCUCGCUCUCUCUCUGUCCCCAUCUCGCUCUCUCUGUCCCCAUCUCGCUCUCUCUCUGUCCCCAUCUCGCUCUCUCUCUGUCCCCAUCUCGCUCUCUCUCUGUCCCCAUCUCGCUCUCUCUCUAUCCCCAUCUCGCUCUCUCUCUGUCCCAUCUCGCUCUCUCUGUCCCCAUCUCGCUCUCUCUGUCCCCAUCUCGCUCUCUCUCUGUCCCCAUCUCGCUCUCUCUCUGUCCCCAUCUCGCUCUCUCUCUGUCCCCAUCUCGCUCUCUCUCUCUCUCUCUCUGUCCCCAUCUCGCUCUCUCUCUCUCUCUCUCUCUCCCCAUCUCGCUCUCUCUCUCUCUCUCCAUCUCGCUCUCUCUCUCUGUCCCCAUCUCGGUCUCCCCAUCUCUCUCUCCCCAGAUAGAGAAGCUCAAUAAGGAUCUGGAGGAAGCCAAGACUAGAGUGGUCAUCGUCCAUGUCCCAGGUGGUCCUGCUGCUCCUCCUGCCCCCCCUCUACCAGGUCAAGCUGGUCUCCCACCUCCCCUCCCUGGACAAGCCGGCAUGCCCCCUCCUCCAUCCCUACCCGGCCAAGCAGGCCUGCCUCCCCCUCCUCCCCUCCUGGGUAUGCCCGGUCCCCCACCACCCCCGCCCUUACCAGGUAUGCCUGGUCCUCCACCACCCCCGCCCUUACCAGGUAUGCCUGGCCCCCCUCCACCACCACCCCUACCAGGGAUGUAUGGUCCCCCGCCACCCCCUCCUCUCCCUGGGAUGGCCGGUAUGCCCCCGCCACCCCCUCCUCUCCCUGGGAUGGCCGGUAUGCCCCCGCCACCCCCUCCUCUCCCUGGGAUGGCCGGUAUGCCCCCGCCACCCCCUCCUCUCCCUGGGAUGGCCGGUAUGCCCCCGCCACCCCCUCCUCCACCUGGCAUGGGCAUGCCCCCUCCACCUCCUGGUAUGGGGGGCUGGGGAGCUCCUGUGCCACCCCCUCUGCCCUUCGGUCUGGCACCCAAGAAGGAGUACAAGCCUGAGGUGCAGCUGAAGAGAGCCAACUGGAGCAAGGUGAGGAUGAGAGUGUGUGCAUCUGUUAGAUGGUGAUAACAGGAGUGAAGGCGUGAAUGUCAGUCUCUCUUAUAAAACUGCACUUAAAGUUGGUGUGUGUGUUCUAUCCUUUAUUAGUAUGCCCAAUCAUAGGAGUCUGAAAUAACAACUGCAAAGCUGUUGACCGUGUGUGUGUGAAUACUAAAACUGUAACCCUAUGUGAGUGUGUAUGACUACGUACGUACAAUGGGGAAAAAAAGUAUUUAGUCAGCCACCAAUUGUGCAAGUUCUCCCACUUAAAAAGAUGAGAGGCCUGUAAUUUUCAUCAUAGGUACACGUCAACUAUGACAGACAAAAUGAGAAAAAUGUUCUCUAGAAAAUCACAUUGUAGGAUUUUUAAUGAAUGUAUUUGCAAAUUAUGGUGGAAAAUAAGUAUUUGGUCAAUAACAAAAGUUUCUCAAUACUUUGUUAUAUACCCUUUGUUGGCAAUGACACAGGUCAAACGUUUUCUGUAAGUCUUCACAAGGUUUUCACACACUGUUGCUGGUAUUUUGGCCCAUUCCUCCAUGCAGAUCUCCUCUAGAGCAGUGAUGUUUUGGGGCUGUCGCUGGGCAACACGGACUUUCAACUCCCUCCAAAGAUUUUAUAUGGGGUUGAGAUCUGGAGACUGGCUAGGCCACUCCAGGACCUUAAUGCUUCUUACGAAGCCACUCCUUCGUUGCCCGGGCGGUGUGUUUGGGAUCAUUGUCAUGCUGAAAGACCCAGCCACGUUUCAUCUUCAAUGCCCUUGCUGAUGGAAGGAGGUUUUCACUCAAAAUCUCACGAUACAUGGCCCCAUUCAUUCUUUCCUUUACACGGAUCAGUCGUCCUGGUCCCUUUGCAGAAAAACAGCCCCAAAGCAUGAUGUUUCCACCCCCAUGCUUCACAGUAGGUAUGGUGUUCUUUGGAUGCAACUCAGCAUUCUUUGUCCUCCAAACACGACGAGUUGAGUUUUUACCAAAAAGUUAUAUUUUGGUUUCAUCUGACCAUAUGACAUUCUCCCAAUCCUCUUCUGGAUCAUCCAAAUGCAAUCUAGCAAACUUCAGACGGGCCUGGACAUGUACUGGCUUAAGCAGGGGGACACGUCUGGCAUUUGAGUCCCUGGCGGCGUAGUGUGUUACUGAUGGUAGGCUUUGUUACUUUGGUCCCAGCUCUCUGCAGGUCAUUCACUAGGUCCCCCCGUGUGGUUCUGGGAUUUUUGAUCACCGUUCUUGUGAUCCUUUUGACCCCACAGGGUGAGAUCUUGCGUGGAGCCCCAGAUCGAGGGAGAUUAUCAGUGGUCUUGUAUGUCUUCCAUUUCCUAAUAAUUUCUCCCACAGUUGAUUUCUUCAAACCAAGCUGCUUACCUAUUGCAGAUUCAGUCUUCCCAGCCUGGUGCAGGUCUACAAUUUUGUUUCUGGUGUCCUUUAACAGCUCUUUGGUCUUGGCCAUAGUGGAGUUUGGAGUGUGACUGUUUGAGGUUGUGGACAGGUGUCUUUUAUACUGAUAACAAGUUCAAACAGGUGCCAUUAAUACAGUUAACGAGUGGAGGACAGAGGAGGCACUUAAAGAAGAAGUUACAGGUCUGUGAGAGCCAGAAAUCUUGCUUGUUUGUAGGUGACCAAAUACUUAUUUUCCACCAUAAUUUGCAAAUAAAUUCAUUAAAAAUCCUACAAUGUGAUUUUCUGGGGAAAAAAAUCCUCAAUUUGUCUGUCAUAGUUGCCGUGUACCUAUGAUGAAAAUUACAGGCCUCUCUCAUCUUUUUAAGUGGGAGAACUUGCACAAUUGGUGGCUGACUAAAUACUUUUUUCCCCCACUGUAAGUGUGUGUGUGCCUCUGUUCUUUCAUGAGUGUGUGUGGACUGGUGUGUGUCUGUUCCAUGUUCUCCUCCUCUCUCUCAUCUGCGAUGGUUAAAACAUCAAAACGGCCCUCUUUCUCUCUCUAGCCUAAAGCUACUGUUUAAUGGCUUCAGUUGAGUUCAUCAGCGUUUAGUCUCUCCCUCUCUGUUCUCUUUGUUCGUUCGACGGGUUGGUGAGAGCCCUUUGACAAGGAUGUCACAGAAAUGGCUUUUUAAUAAGGAUGCUUCUUUUACUGUGCUGGUGAAAGAUAAUUAAAUAGCUGCUAGAAAGGACGGCAUUCUUUUGUACUUUAAAUUAACAUUUUAUUUUUCCAGCCCUUCUGCCCCUGUAUCACUUUUUUUUCCCCCCUUAUCCCCCUUUUCCCCACCCCCACACCCCCUCCCUGAGGCAUCUUGGGUAAUGAAAGGGUCAUAUAGGUGAUUUUUUUUUAUAUGAUUAUUUUUUUAGGGAGAGUGUGUGUAUAUAUAUAUAUAUGUAUAUAUGGGAAGUUACUACCUCUCCUCUGAUGCUUCCUCUUUUUUCUCUCUCUCGCAUUCUCUCUCUCAGAAGGCAGUUUAUUAUGAGGUGGUGAUGGUUGGAAGAGAGAAAGAAGAAAAUGAUAAAUAUAGCUAGAAAAAAGAGAGGAUGAGGAUAAAGGAGGAGAGGAGGAGGAGGAGGAGGAGAGGGAGGAGGAUAAAGGAGGAGAGGAGGAGGAGAGGGAGGAGGAUAGAGGAGGAUAAAGGAGGAGAGGAGGAGGAUAGAGGAGGAUAAAGGAGGAGAGGAGGAGGAUAAAGGAGGAGAGGAGGAGGACAAAGGAGGAUAAAGGAGGAGAGGAGGAGGACAGGAGAGGAUAAAGGAGGAGAGGAGGAGGAUAAUGGAGGAGAGGAGGAGGAGGAUAGGAGGAGGAGAUGAGGAGGAUAAAGGAGGAGAGGAGGAGGAUAGCGGAGGAUAGGAGGAGGAUAGAGGAGGAUAAAGGAGGAGAGGAGGAGGAGAGGAGGAUAAAGGAGGAGAGGAGGAGGGUAAAGGAGGAGAGGACGAGGAUAGAGGAGGAUAAAGGAGGAGAGGACAAGGAUAAAGGAGGAGAGGAGGAGGAUAAAGGAGGAGAGGAGGAGGACAGAGGAGGAUAAAGUAGGAGAGGAGGAGGAUAGAGGAGGAUAGAGGGGGAGAGGGGGAGAGGAGGAGGAGGAUAGAGGAGGGAGAGGAGGAGGAUAGAGGAGGGAGAGGAGGAGGAUAGAGGAGGGAGAGGAGGAGGAUAGAGGAGGGAGAGGAGGAGGAUAGAGGAGGGAGAGGAGGAGGAUAGAGGAGGGAGAGGAGGAGGAUAAAGGAGGGAGAGGAGGAGGAGGAUAAAGGAGGUGGAUAAAGGGAAUGGAAUCCUCUCUCUGUGUGAAGGAGAAUGAGGAGCAGUGAAAAUGACUAGUUAGCUCCUCUCCUCCUCUGUGUCUCUCUCUCCAUCUUCUCUUUCAGUGCCCCGGCUCUCUCGUUCUUUCUCUGUCCUUCUCUCACUUUAUUGCUGGAUUUAUGGAUGAAUGUUUUUUUACAAAAUUGCACAGUGUUUGAAAGGAUUCGUAAGGCAUUUAUCGCUCUUUCUCUCUCCCUCUCUCUUUCUCUCUGUGUAACAGAUUGGAUAUGAGGAUCUGUCUGAAAACAGUUUCUGGACGAAGGCCAAAGAGGAUAGCUAUGAGAACAAUGAGCUCUUCGCCAAACUCACCUUGGCCUUCUCCUCCCAGACCAAGAGUGAGUGAGUCACCCCAUGCACGUGUGUGUAUGCGGGCAUGUGUGUAUCGUGGCUCAUGUGCACUUGUGUCUCAGUAAAGUUGAUUUACUAAUGAUGAUCAUGGAUUUUUUGAUCCUCCUUCAUCUCUCUCUCCCUUUCUCCCUCUCUCCAUGUCCACCCAUCCAUCCAUCCAUCCCACAGCCUCCAAAGGUAAGAACAAACAAAUGAUGUUGGGUACAAGGGCUGGUGUGUGGGGGUGCGUUCCAAAGUGCUCUACUGCUGCUUCUGUACAAGUGCUGCUGUGUGAGGUCUACUGUGUGAGGUCUACUGUGUGUGUUGUUCUGGCCUUGUGUUGUCUCAUUCUGAGAGACAGAGUACUCACUAGGUUAGAUGGAUUGGGAUUUGGAGAUUAGAGCGGAAGGAGGGAUGGGGAGGGGUUACAGAUGCCCUGUGACUAGCCACCUGGUGUCCUGGCACAGACACACUCUCUCCCCCCUCACCUGUCCAGCUCCUCCUUUCACCUUGUUCCUGUGUCCCUGAACCUUCUGCUCCGUAUUCAUCAUUACAUCUAGGACGCUCUGCUCUCUAAACGUGUAUGUGUGUGUGUGUGCGCGCGCCGCUGUGUGCCACUGACCUUCAGCUGCGAUGCAAUCAGAACACACGUUCUGGCUCACUCUUAGACACGUGCACCUAGUCCUCCACAUACACUCAAACGUGUACACACACAAACAAACACACACACACACCCUCUCUGGCUGUCAGAGUUGUUGAAAUGUCAAGGUUGUCAGCUGUCCCAUCUGCAUUCACCUGUACAGAGUGGUUAAGGUCUGCUGUCAGUCUGUGAUUCGUUAGCGUGCCUCUGGUCCCGCCGUGUGAUUGGCUGAGACACUGCUGUCCCAUUUGAUGUGGGAUAACCUUUUCUGAUAUCUGACUGUAAACACACACUGCCCUUUUCAAUAGCUCCAACUCUCUGUCUGCAUUCUACUGCUGCUGCUCUGUGUGUGUGUGUUUUAAAAAUGAACAUCUGAAAUGUCUUGAGUCAAUAAGUAUUCAACCCCUUUGUUAUGGCAAGCCUAAAUAAGUUCAGGAGUAAAAAUGUGCUUAACAAGUCACAUAAUUAGUUGCAUGGACACACUCUCUGUGCAAUAAUAGUCUUUAACAUGAUUUUUGAAUAACUACCUCCUCUCUGUACCCCACACAUACAAUUAUCUGUAAGGUCCCUCAGUCGAGCAGUGAAUUUCAAACACAGAUUCAGGCGUCCUUCCUAACUCAGUUGCUGUGAUAGGAGAAAACUGAGGAUGGAUCAACAACAUUGUAGUUACUCCACAAUACUAACCUAAUUGACAGAGUGAAAAGAAGGAAGCCUGUACAGAAUACAAUUAUUCCAUAACAUGCAUCCUGUUUGCAACAAGGCACUAAAAUAAUAAUGCCAAAAAUGUGGCAAAGCAAUUAACUUUUUGUCCUGAAUAAAAAGUGUUGUGUUUGGGACAAAUCCAAUACAACACAUUACUGAGUACCACUCCAUAUUUUCAAGCAUAUACUGGUGGCUGCAUCAUGUUAUGGUUAUCCUUGUAAUUAUUAUUAUUCUGUUUUUGUCAUUUAUCCAGAGCGACUUACAUUAUUAUUUUAUUUUAUUUAUAAUUUUUUUCAUACUGGCCCCCCGUGGGAAUCGAACCCACAACCCUGGCGUUGCAAAUGCCAUGCUCUACCAACUGAGCUACAUCCCUGCCGGCCAUUCCCUCCCCUACCCUGGAUGACGCUGGGCCAAUUGUGCGCCGCCCAAUGGGUCUCCCGGUCGCGGCCGGCUAUGACAGAGCCUGGAUUCGAACCAGGAUCUCUAGUGGCACAGCUAGCACUGCGAUGCAGUGCCUUAGACCACUGCGCAACUCGGGAGAACAAAAAGGAGGGGGAGGCCACUACUACAUUUACAUUUACAUUUUAGUAAUUUAGUAGACGCUCUUAUCCAGAGCGACUUACAGUUAGUGAGUGCAUACAUUUUUCAUACUGGCAAGUGCCAUGCUCUACCAAUUGAGCUAAUAAUAAUAAUAAUAAUAUGCCAUUUAGCAGACGCUUUUAUCCAAAGCGACUUACAGUCAUGCGUGCAUACAUUUUUGUGUAUGGGUGGUCCCGGGGAUCGAACCCACUACCUUGGCGUUACAAGCGCUGUGCUCUACCAGCUGAGCUACAGAGGACCACGGGUAAUCAUUAAGCUACACGGGUAAUCAUUAAGGACUGGGGAGUUUUUCAGGAUAAAAAAACCGGAAUGGAGCAAAGCACAGGCAAAAUCCUAAAGGAAAACCUGGUUCAGUCUGCUUUCCACCAGACACUGGGAGAUAAAUUCACCUUUCAGCAGGACAAUAACCUAAAACAUAAGGCCAAAUCUACACUAGAGUUGCUUGCCAAGAAGUUGUUACAGAUUGAAGUUUUGACUUAAAUCUGCUAGAAAACCUAUGGCAAGAACUGAAGGUUGUCUAGCAAUGAUCAACAACCAAUUUGACAGAGCUUGAAGAAUUUUGAAAAUAUGAAUGGGCAAAUGUUGUGCAAUCUGGGUGUGGAAAGCUCUUAGAGAUUUACCCAGAAAGACUCACAGCUGUAAUCGCUACCAAAGGUGCUUCUACAAGGCAUUGACUCAGGGGUUUGAAUACUUGUGUAAAUGAGAUUUCUGUAUUUCAUUUUCAAUACAUUUAGAACAUUUCUAAAGACAUGUUUUCACUUCGUUAUUAUGGGGGAUUGUGUGUAGAUGAUGAGAGAAUGUUUAUUUAAUCAAUUUUGAAUUCAGGCUGGAACACAGCAAAAGUGUAUGAAUACUUUCUGUAGGCACUGUAGGUUGACCUCUCACCUCUACCCAUCACUCCACUCCAAUACUGCUCAAGGCCAAUAACAACAACCUCACAAACACACACUCCUCUGCCUGACCCCUCCAUCCCAUCCCACCCCUCAUCCCUAGCCACUGGGGCACUGCAGCAGCUCCAUCUUCCUCCUCCUCCUAUCCCAGUGAAACGAUGCCACAGUCAGCCCACUCUAGCCCCUGACCCUUUUCCUCCUCUGCUGUCCACACACAUACACCGCUCAGUGCUGCAGGCAGGGUGGCAAGGUGAUGACCUCACGGGUGCGUUGGCUGAGCUCAGCGCUGAUGGAACGCCAGGGACCCUCAGGCUGCAUACGCAUCCUGGCCGGCUUCCCUGA